AUGAACAGGUAGGAGUCGGGCCCUUCUCUCUCCCAAUUCCCCAGGCCUGGCAAAUUGACAAGCAAGAACUCCAGGCUUCCUUCUGCACUCCAAGCCCAACAGACAGCCGUCUGCUGCCAGGCAAGGAGGGGUGGGUGCGAAGGGCGUCUAGUUAUUUUAUUUCUGAUCUGAAGAAGUGUGCGUGCACACGAAAGCUCAUGCCAAUAACAAACUUAGUUGGUCUCUAAGGUGCUACUGGAAGGAUUUUUUUUAUUUUGUUUUGACACGGCUACCUACCUGUAACUAGUUAUUUUAUUUUAUUUUGCAACGGGGUGGGUGGCUGGAAGGUGACUGACUGAAUGCAAAAAAAAAAAGGGAGCUUAUUUGCAAACUAUCCGUUUCUUAGCAUAGGCCGAAGGGUAAGAAGCAGCAGAUCCUGAGAUUUCUGCUCAGCUAAGCUGCUUGGAGGACCUCAAGAGCUGAGUUUGACACACACACACACAAAACCCCCCACUUGCUAUAAUUGGGAUGGUUCUAUUCUGGCAUGUUUAAUGGGAGAAGGUGGGUGUUGGUUGUUUGCCCCAAAAAGUGGGGAGGGAGAGAAUAUUAGUAGAUGUGCUCUGUGGAAGAGACACACAUGUGUGUGUGUGUGUGAGAGAGAGAGAGAGUUUUUCUAGCUAAACUUUGCCUUCAGGACUUAUUAAGAGUAAGGAUCCCAGUCAAGUACCAGGCUGCUUUUUAGAACAAUGCAGGGUUCCAGCGAUAACUGGAAAUUGGCACGCAAUUCAAAAACCUUAACUCAGCUUUCAGUUUUUGUGUGUGUGUUUUUUUAGGCAGCAAGUUUCUAGCCCUCAAGGCAAUGAAGUUAGACUUGCAAGUGUUUGGGCGGUGCCUGCUCAAAUUGGAGAUUUUCAGUUGUCAAAAGUUGGGGUGUGAGGAGUCUACAUAGUUCUUUUCCAUGCCCCGCAGCUCAAAGAAUAAAUUAUGCAAAAUAAGCACAUAGAGGCCAGUCUGUCUGUCUAUCUUUUAUUCUUUCAGACAUUGGUCACAACAGAAAAUAAGAAAGCAAUCAUUAACAAUAAUCACACACACCAAAAAUGCUAUCUCUCUCUCUCUCUCUCUCUCUCUCUCUCUCUCUCUCUCUCUCUCUCUCUCUCUCUCUAUAUAUAUAUUGUUCAUCACAUUAUAAAAGAGUAAAGGGGAAAAAAGACUUUUCGAAGCUGCCAAAGCAAAUCUUGCCACUGCUAAAAGAGUCACUCUAUCACAAGAAGACAGCAGAAAGUCAGUUCUUGCAACUCACACCAGUUGACUUUCCCCUUGAGGUGGAUCUAACAUUUUUAGUUGCAAUCACAGAGAAGACAAGGCAAAUAAUAAUAAUAAUAAUAAUAAUAAUAAUAAUAAUAAUGUGGCCUAUUUUUCACCAAGCCACUGCUACAAGGACAAAGUCUCAGAUCAUAGUUUUAAAAAUAAAAUUAAAAAACCCUUCUAAAACUACAGUUUUCAUUAGUUGCAUUCUGAGCCAAUUUAAAACAGUUCAAAGAGUAGGGCAAUUAUGUUUAAUUUGUAUAAUUGAUGGGAGUCACUGAAUUUCAUUUCUGUUGGUUCAGAUUCUUUUUGUAGUGCAGAAACAUGUGCAGCCCCCUACUUUGAGGUGGGCUUCUCGACUGGGACUACAUGAAAUCUCUGGCUCUACAACCCAGAUCUGACAAUUUGGGCCAUGGAUUAUAAAAGGAGCUGCCCCUCCGCCCUUCGGCUUUUGAUGUAUUUUGUCUAUGAAGUCAUUUGAUUUUUUUUUUACACCGGGUUGAGAGGAUGAAGAGUUGAACUUAGGCACUCAUCCAUACUUGUCCUGAACUUUACUGCUGAAUUGGAGCAAUCGUCCAUUUGGUUUUCCUGCGGAUGGAUGUUUGUUCCAGUUCAGCGCCAAAGAGCAGGUUUUCCUGGGGAAAGUGGCAAGGGCAAAUGGAAAACCACUCAGACUCAUGCUUUCUAGGCAGAAGUGUGGCCAAGUCCCUAGUCUAGCAGCCUGAGUGUCUCGUGCUACGUGUGUAAUGAAAUUUCAGUUGUCUUGUGGGGCCUGGAAAUAGGUUAACCAUAUCCUCGGAGUCUCCUGUUUGUAGGAUAGAACCAGACACCAGACUUCUCUGGUAUAAAUUUCCCAUUACAGUCAUACCUCGGGUUACAGACGCUUCGGGUUACACGUUUUCAGUUUAUGGAUGCGCCAAAACCCAGAAGUACUGGAACAGGUUACUUCCGGGUUUUGGCACUCGCACAUGCGCAGAAGCGCUAAAUCACGCUUUGCAUGCUUAGACGCGGCGCUGCGGGUUGCAAACACUGCGGGUUUCAAACUUGCCUCUCGCAUGGAUCACAUUCGCAACCCAAGCGUCCACUGUAUCUAGCUAGUGUAGGAUCAACUUAACCCUUGGGGGAUACACUCCGUUUUGGGGGAGAAAUGUAAAAAUGCAGUGUCUGCAGUACAGUAAUCAGCAUGUCUCAGCUAUCAAGAUACCUGGCUCAGUGUACCCUAAUAAUUUUGGUAUGUCCAUGAUUGAGUUGAUCAGGACGUGUGCAUUUUGUUGGAAGCUGCCCAGAGUGGCUGGGGAAACCCAGCCAGAUGGGCGGGGUAUAAAUAAUAAAUUAUGAUGAUGAUGAUGAUGAUGAUGGAAGCCCAGCAGGGCAGGGAGUCUAGGCUGCUUGCAUACCUUCACAGGUAAGCAGCAACAACUAAUGAAAAGAUAAAAGAACCUGAGACCCCCCUCUCUUAGGUGUGGCCACCACUUAAUUGCUGGCAGAGUUUCUGUAUCAUUAACGGGGGUGGGGGAUAAUCCUGUUGCUACACAUUAAUAAAAGGGCCUGUCCAUUUAAUUUCUGCUGGUGGAGCACAUGAUGAUGCUGAGUACAUCAGCUGGCUACCUGAUCCGCAGGCAUGCCCUCACAUGGUGGAAAUGCAUAGCCCACACGACGGCUUGGCCUGCUCUCGGUGUUCAUUGCCAAACCCCUGUUUUUGUCUUCGGGGGAGGCAAUGGUUCCUGGCUCUCUGGACUUUUGCCCCCAUUCCACGCUUUAUACUCCCCAUCCUCAGUGCAGAGCAGGAGGAAUAGCCCCUGGCAACCCAGUGCCAAGGGAGAAUAUAUAUUUAAAAAGCCCAGCUUCAGGAAUAGCUCUGCUUUUCUGCCUGGAGAAGCCAUUGAUGAAGGCCGUAAAGGGGUGGGUGGGGGGUGGGAGCCACUGGCUGUUUCCCACCCUGCCCCCUCUGUGAAAGGGAAGCAUCCCAUCAAAGCCGAAGGGAGGCUGGGCAGGGAGAGUUGCUUAGAAUGGGAGAGGAUAAGCUAUUCUUGGUGCUUUUAUGAGAAAGCCUGGUGCAAGACACAACAAGUGCAUUCCUGCCGGGCUGCUGCCAGGCUCCCUGGGAACGGACUGUGGCUGGGCAAGGCAUGGGCUUGGCCACUUCUUUUGUCCCCACAGCUUCCAAUUUCGGGCCAAGCCAGCGCUGUGUGCUCAGCUUUCUUUUCUCGGCAGCGGCCGCUACAGGCUCCCUUGGCUACCAGGCCGUGAACUCUUGUCCCAGCCAGGGGACCGGCAAUCUGGGGUGUUGAUCUUGUUUAGCAUGCCGUUCAAGGGGCAGUGAGCUUCUCUAUGAACUAGGGAUGGGUAAAUCUGUCAACCUUCGUUUCUCUCAUUUCUUCGUUUUUUCCAGCCUUAAGCUCAGUUCUGCAAAACGCUUUGCUGUUUUGCUUUCAAAGGCCCCCGGGAAAAUUCAUUGGCAUUCGAGUGCGAAUUUAUCCUGAUAUACUUGCCUGUGAAAUUGUGCCUAUUUUACACAUUUUUGCAAAGCAAUUUCCCCUAGUUUUGUAUGUAUGCAUUUUUAUGCACAUGUUGCCCCAGUCCAUGCAUUUCCCCCCCCGCCCCCGCCCCCCCCCCCCCGUGUAUUCCUUGGCUAGACAGCUGCAAAAUUUGGAGACAUACGGAUUUCCGAGGCGAAGGUUGUUUCAGUUCGCGAAUUGUUUCAGAAACUGCAAAUGAAGUAGGUUCUCCUUUAAAUGCAAACCGAAUCAAGUUUGACCCUCAUUCUUACGCUGAGCAGACUGGAGCAGAAAUGAGCAAUGGGCACAAUUCUAGCCACUCCUGAUAUCUGCAAGUUUCCCUCAGCAGAGCUGUGGCAACUGGCAGGUGCAGUGAGAGACCAAACCCUCACCCAGAAAAAGUCAGAUUUUAGACUAAAGUUACAUAUUGUUGUUGUUUAGUCGUUUAGUCGUGUCCGACUCUUUGUGACCCCAUGGACCAGAGCACGUCAGGCACUCCUGUCUUCCACUGCCUCCCACAGCUUGGUCAAACUCAUGCUGGUAGCUUCGAGAACACUGUCCAACCAUCUCGUCCUCUGUCGUCCCCUUCUCCUUGUGCUCUCCAUCUUUCCCAACAUCAGGGUCUUUUCCAGGGAGUCUUCUCUUCUCAUGAGGUGGCCAAAGUAUUGGAGCCUCAGCUUCAGGAUCUGUCCUUCCAGUGAGCACUCCACCCAAGAUGGACAGGUCAUAGUGAAGAGUUUCAACCAAACGUGAUCCACCUGGAGCAGGAACCGGCAAGCCACUCCAGUAUCCCUGCCAAGAAAACUCCAUGGGCAAAGACAACAGGCAUAUAAAAGCUACAUAUACACCACACAUUUAAAGCACACCCACCUACCCCAAGAACCUUGGAACCGUGUUUUGUUAAGGGCGCUGGGAAUGGUAGUUCUCUGAAGGGUAAACUACAGUUCUUGUGAUUCCUUUUUUGGGGGGGUGUAUGGUGUGUGUGUGUGUGUGCGCGCACCUCCUGUAUCUAGCUUUCACCUCCCAGACAACCAUCUCCCCAAGGCAGGCGAGGCUGGACUGGGAGGGUCGCUGGGGCCUUGUAUUUUUGUCUCCCCCCCGAGGAAGAAUCCUCCAGCCUUUUUCACCCCUUCCAGCGAGCCGGCCCUGGGCCUGUGCUUGCAGCAGGGCAGGCUGUGUGUGCCGCGGAGCAGAAAGAAUAGGCUGUGACAAUUCCCGUAGCUUAGAGACCGUUAGUCCCUUUCAGAGUCCCGGCUCCAUUUGAAUAAAAAUCAGUCUCCAGCCCCGCUUGCCCACACUGAGAGAGGAGGGGUUGGGGGAGAGCCGGGUUAUUUUUACCCACCGCCAGUUAAGUUCGCACGGCCGGAGUUCUCACGCGGCUUGGACAGCGGCAGACUUGGGACUCUUGGUCGACGGGGCAGGAGCGGACUUUCUUGCAGGGCUGUGGGUGGGUCGGGGCGAGCGAGGGAGAGCGGAAGACAUCGACCCGGCUUCUCGCUCCCCAAAUCUCCCGUGCCCCUUAUUUGCAGCAGCAGCAGAUGCAUCAGUACCUGAAGAGGCCAGGGCAGCCCCAGCCCCGAGGUGAGUAUUAUAAGGGCAUCUCUGAGGAGCAGCUCGAGGAAGCUGGCUCUGCCGGGAGGAUGGGGGCCGCUGUGUCCGCUUGAACAAUAUUCCCCCCCCAUCAAAUCUGCCUCCAGGGCAGGAGGAAUGAGGUUUCUGCUGUCGAGGGUGUCACAGAGGUGAUGGCUGUGUGCUUUCUACGUAGCUCGAAAGGGUGUGUUUGUGUGUGUGGUGGAAAUUUGGAACUAUGUAGAGUUUGGUGUCGGGGAGUUCCUGAGUGUUUUUUUUCCACAAGCUGCAGGGAAUUUUGGAGGUGGAAGUGGCGGGGUCUGUGUCUAGAGCAGCGGUUCCUAAGCUUUUCUUUGGCCAUGCCCCUCCCAAGCAUCUCUAAAAUCCUGGUGCCCCCCCUCCCCGUGACGUAUAAUUCUUGUUAUUCAAAAAGUGAACUCCUAUUCACGUGGAGGAAGCCUAAAAGGCCAUUCACUGUUAAUAACUCAUUCUCGAAUUACCCCCCUUAAAAAUCAAAUUGCCCACUGUGGGGCAUGUGCCCCGUGUUGGGAACCACAGGUUUAGAGGGACAACUUGCAGCUGCCCCCAUCCCCCCAAAAAAGUCCUCACAACUGUGUAUACGUCAUACAUUCAAAGCACAUGGCUUUCCCCUCCUGAGAACGGUGGUUUAUCCCUCCUCACAGAGCUACGGUCCCCAGCGCCUCUAACAAACUACAGUUCCCGGGAUUCUUGGUGCUUUAAAUGUAUGCUGCGUAUGCGGCCUUACUCUUCGGUUGCCUCCUCAGGAUCCAACCUUCUUCUCAUGUGAUUUCUCUUCCCUCAACACUUGGACACACAACCGCCUUUUCCUUUGACCACUUCCGCUUAUACCCAGCCUUGCAAAUUCUUCUUCUACCUCUCACACGUAAAAUUCCGGCUGAAUUUGUUCCCCAGAGGGCACAAACAAACAAGCCCACAUGACACAAUUUGCAGGUGUCUUUAUGUAAAUCCAUACAGAUUUUAAAAUCACGUGUGGACCAGCAGUGAAUUAGUCUGAACUUGGGGGGGGGGAGGCGGGUUAAGGAAACAACCACCCAAAAACCUGGCGCCCAUCUGCACCACACAUUUAAAGCACCAUGACAUCACUUUGAGUAGUCAUGACUUUCCCCAAAGAAUCCUGGGAAUUCUAAGGAUGCUGAGGGUUUGUUAGGAGACCCCCAUAAUAAUAAUAAUAAUAAUAAUAAUAAUAAUAAUAAUAAUUUAUUUAUACCCCGCCCAUCUGGCUGGGCUUCCCCAGCCACUCUGGGCGGCUUCCAACAAAAUAUUAAAAUACAGUAAUGCAUCAAACAUUAAAAGCUUCCCUAAACAUUCCUCUCACAUAAACAAUAAUUCCCUGGGAAGAGGGAUUGACCGUUUAAGCCACUCUGAGAAUGGUUGCUUUCUGAGGGGAAGGGGGGGUCUCCCAAUAACUCUCAACAGUGCCCUUAACGAACCACAGUUCCCAGAAUUCUUUGUGGGGGAAGCCAUGACUGUUUAAAGCGGUAUGAUACUGCAUUAGAUUUACAGUGCAGAUGGGGCCCAGAUUGGUAGAUCCCCCCCCCCCCGCCGGAUCAGGCCUCAAGGCCUUCUAGAAGAUAUUUCUCUGGGCCACCCUUAGCCCAGUUGGUGCCCUUCAGAAGUUUUGGACACUACAGCACCUAUCUUCCCCAAACACUGCCUGUACUGGGGAUGAUGUUCUUCCAAACAUCUGGAGGGGAACCAGCUUGGGGGAAGGACUGCUUCUGGGCUCUGUGCCUCAUACCCUAACUCCACCCAUCCUAUAUUCAAGCCCAAAGGUCAGCAACCUUUUUCAGCCGUGGGCCGGACCACCGUCCCUCAGACCAUGUGGGGGGCUGGACUAUAUUUUGAAAAAAAGAAGAAGAACGAAUUCCUAUGCCCCACAAGUAACUCAGAGAUGCAUUUUAAAUAAAAGCAUACAUUCUAUUCAUGUAAAAACACCAGGCAGGCCCCACAAAUAACCUAGAGAUGCAUUUUAAAUAAAAGGACACAUUCUACUCAUGUAAAAACACGCUGAUUCCUGGACCGUCCGCAGGCCGGAUUGAGAAGGUGAUUGGGCCGCAUCUGGCCCCUGGGCCUUAGGUUGCCUACCCCUGCUCAAGCCAUUUGUACGCCUGAUAUUUCCCCCUCACGAAUGAAGCCCUAGCCCUUCAGAGGUCCUUCCCACUAGUAUGUAAUAUAUCCACAAUGUUUUUUGAGGGAGGCAGAAAGGGGACAACCCUGUUGAGCUACCUGUUUUCUUUUUUCUCUCUUCAGGUUGAAACUUCCCAUGCUGCCCAUGGCAUUGCUUCUCUACUUGCUUCUGUGGGGUAAGUGCUCAGACUUGGGACACAUCCCUGUGGGGAUGGUUGUUGUUGUUGUUGUUGUUAUUCCUGGGUGUGUAACAGCUUGUCCACAGUUCUGCUUUGGCCCUUGCCUGGAAAGCACGGGUCUGAGUGGUUUUCCAUUUGCCGCACCACCUUUCACCAGGAAAACCCUCUCUUUGCCACUGAAUCAGAACAAAAGCCAUUCCGCAGAAAACCAAAUGGAUAUUUGUUGCGAUUUGGCAGUAAAGAUCAGCUUUUCCGGAGGAGAGCAGCGGGACAAGCGGAAGUGUGGGCAAGCCCUCAGUCUCUUUACAUGCGGUUGCCUGCUAAUCUGAAGGUGGUUUCAGUUCCAUUGACUACAUACUGAACAAGAGUACCACAUUUCCAAAUACAGUAGUACCUCUGGUUGCGAACGGGAUCUGUUCCGGAGGCCCGUUCGCAACAUGAAAAGAGUGCAACCUGCAGCGGCUUGUCUGCGCACGCACGGGUUGCGAUUCGCCGCUUCUGCACAUGUGCGUGAUGUCAUUUUGCCCUUCUGCGCAUGCGCAAGCGGCGAAACCCGAAAGUAACCAUUUUCUGGUACUUCCGGGUUGCCGCGGGACGUAACCUGAAAGGACGUAACAUGAAGCGGACGUAACAUGAGGUAUGACUGUAAAGGGCUUUCCCAUGCUCCUUAUUUGCCUAUAAAGAAGGUUUUGUUUUUGCUGGGGCAAUUUCUCCUUCCGUUGCAGCGCUACAAUCCUGAAUUCUGCGCACCUGCAGGACCCUGGGGGACCCUAGGUUUGUAACACAAAAGAAUCUUAGGAACUGUAGAUUGUUACGGGUGCUGGGAACUACAAGGAGGUCACAGUUCCUGAUAUACUUUGGGGGAAGUUCUGUGUUCUAAACCUGUGAUGGAUGUGUUUUAAAUGCAUGGUGUGCUCUGAGCCAGCUGGGAUAGCUCAGUCGGUAGAGCAUGAAACUCAGGAUUGUGGGUUUGAGCCCCAUGUUGGGCAAAAGUUUCCUGCAUUGCUGGGGGCUUUGACUAGAUGACCAUUGUGGUCCCUUCCAGUGCUGGAGUUCUAAGAUUCCAGGAUUCCACCUGUUUUGCAUGUGGAAGGUCCUAGGUUCAAAGCUUGGCAUCUCGUAAGUUAGACCAACCAGGUAGCAGGUGAUGAGAAAGACGUUUACCUGAGAUCCUAGAGGUGGCUCCUUAAACCUAGGUUAUGGGCGCAACAGUGGAAAGGCUAGGUGUGCUUUUUAAAUAUACAGUCAUACCUCAUGUUACGUCCGCUUCAUGUUACGUUCUUUCAGGUUACGUCCCACGGCGACCCGGAAGUACUGGAAAGGGUUACUUCUGGGUUUCGCCGCUUGUGCAUGCACAGAAGUGCAAAAUGACGUCACGCGCAUGCGUGGAAGCGACGAAUCACAACCCGCACAUGCGCAGACACGCCGCUGCGGGUUGCGCUCUUUUUGAUGUUGCGAAUGGGCCUCUGGAACGGAUCCCGUUCGCAUCCAGAGGUACCACUGUAUAACAAGAAUACGAAGCUGGAAAUGAAUGAACUGCAGCUAAAACAUUGUGUUCAUUUUUCACGUGGUCUAGUCCUUCCCCUGUCCACCCCACCCCCUAAUAUUCUUAAGAGGGUCUUUUCUCCAGUCUUCAGAGAGUAGCUGGAAGUGGGGAGGCAGAAAAAGGUCCUCCUUUCCUUCCCCUCUGCAGUUUUAAUCUGAAAUCUUAGGUGCGGUACCGCGCCCAGGGCUCAGAAACUGCUCGCGCUAAUGAAAUUCCCUGUUGCAAAAUGCGCCUGGAACAAUGGGAGUUUCGAACACUGUUUACUUGCCCUCCCCCCAAAAAAUAUUUUAUUCAAGUUGGCACCCCUGCCAGGGUGUGUUUAUUCUGUAGAGACACCAAGUUUCUCAUGUGCCAUAUAGGCUUUCUUGACUGACUGUGUCUGGCAUGUGUAUAUUCUCUGCCAGUGUUUGGUGAGGGCCUGCGUGUGGCAGCGUGCCUAGACGCGUGCUGUGCACAAGACAUGCCGGAAGGCCCAUCCUGAACGAGACACAUCAGGGACUGGUAGGAACAAGGCAAGGCCGAACCUGCACCAGCUCGGCAACAAAAGAUACUUUCUACCUACUGCAGUCUCCGCUCCACACCUCCCUGUGGCGACCUGUGCCCAGAAAUAUUCCCAAAAGCCAGUGCAUGCGCAAGUGAUGGUGGUAUAACUCCUAUUGAUCAAUGACUAAUUUCCGAAAAAGCUUGGGUUCGAACCUUCCUUAAAGCCCUAUUCAUGAUCCCAGAUGCAUGGUGUUAGACUGUGGUUAACAUGUGGCAGAGGCACUCUGCAUGUGUUGAAGCAAAUUAUUUUCAAUUGCUUUCUAUGUUGCAGGGCAAAGUCAUGCUGGUAGUACCUGAACUCAUGCCCUUCUACAAGCUUCCUUGAUCAUCUAUCUAUCUAUCUAUCUAUCUAUCAGUGUGGUGCCAGUGUGGUAUAGUGGUUAAGAGUGGUAGACUCAUAAUCUGGUGAACUGGGUUCGCGUCCCCGCUCCUCCACAUGCAGCUGCUGGGUGACCUUGGGCCAGUCACACUUCUCUGAAGUCUCUCAGCCUCACUCACCUCACAGAGUGUUUGUUGUGGGGGAGGAAGGGAAAGGAGAAUGUUAGCCGCUUGGAGACUCCUUAGGGUAGUGAUAAAGCAGGAUAUCAAAUCCAAACUCUUCUUCAUCUAUCUAUCUAUCAUCUAUCUAUCUAUCUAUCUAUCUAUCUAUCUAUCUAUCAUCUAUCUAUCUAUAUCUCUCUCUCUCUCUCUCUCUCUCAUCUCUAUCUGUCUAUCUAUCUAUCUCUAUCAUCUAUCUAUAUCUAUCUAUCAUCUAGCUAGCUAGCUAGCUAUCUACCGUAUUUUUUGGUCUAUAAGACUCACUUUUUCCCUCCCCAAAAGUAAGGGGAAAUGUGUGUGCGUCUUAUGGAGCGAAUGUAGGCUGCGCAGCUAUCCCAGAAGCCAGAACAGCAAGAGGGAUUGCUGUUCUUACUGCGCAGCGAUCCCUCUUGCUGUUCUGGCUUCUGAGAUUCAGAAUAUUUUUUUUCUUGUUUUCCUCCUCCAAAAACUAGGUGCGUCUUGUGGUCUGGUGCAUCUUAUAGAGCGAAAAAUACGGUAUAUCUAUCCAUUUAUCAUCUAUCUAUCAUCUAUCGAUCAUCUAUCUAUCUAUCUAUCUAUCGAUCGAUCGAUCGAUCGAUCUAUCAUCUAUCUAUCUAUCAUCUCCCACCUUAUCUCACAAUCCAAUAUCUCUCUAGUCUAGGACCUUAUGAUGAAGUAUUCUUCAGUAAUAUUCGUUUAUCUAUAACACUCAAGAGCAGCUCAGAAGAACAGGAUACUCCGUUUAGUCCCAAGAUUUGCUGUCAUUAUCAGAGUUUCACUCUGGGACAUGUAAAGCAAUAAACUGAAAAGGCAGCAAUUGAACAUGUGCAGAGUGCCUUCCCCUCCUUAGUCACAGCUAGCUCCAUGGUGGCCAACGUUUUUUACUAAGCUGUUCAGCACUGAAGUUCAUGUGCAGAAACGAAACGGGAGACACGUUUCACAUCAGCGUCGUUAUCAACAGAAAUCUCCCCUACUUAAUAUUUACACAUAUCUAUGAACCAGCAGAAAGGCAUUCGAUGGCAGAAAGUGUGGCUUGCAGGCAGUCUUGAAACACACCCCGACAGACACACACAUACACCUUGUGUCUUUUUAAAGAAAUAAACUACACGGUGUGCCCAGGUGAGGCUGCUUUGGAAUGCUUCCAGGACAUGCCUUUGGCUGGACAGCCAUAUUUUGUGGUUAAUCAUUGGCAGGAGUUGUGGGUAGGAGAAGGGGCAGCGCUUGCUGGACUGAACCGGAUAUGCAGCAAGCGGAGGGCAGCCGCACCCUGCUGGAACGUGUGCAUGAGAAUAUAAACAUAAGGAGAGGCCUGCGGGGUCAGGCCAAAGGCCCACCUCACCUGCUAUCCUGAUAUCACAGCGGCAAACCAGAUGUCUAUGGCUAGUGGCCAUUUUGGCGGGUGGCCAUGGGUGGUCUUACCCUCCAUGUUUGUUGACAUGGGAUGGGCAAAGGCCUGUCCUCCAGAGCUCCUCUGGCUUGGGGGACUGCUUUACACAUGACCAAAGCUGGCCCGAGACAUUUUGGUGCCUGAAGGAAGGACAUACAGCACACACACACACAGGUCAGACUGGUAAUUGAAGCUUCCUUCAACACUGGUAAAAGAACAACAGCUUCCCCCACACCUGAGGCAGCAGGCAGCAAAAUUGGCACCGGGCAGGCUAGCUAGGGAUGCAGGUGGCGCUGUGGGUUAAACCACAGAGUCUAGGACUUUCCGAUCAGAAGGUUGGCGGUUCGAAUCCCUGUGAUGGGGUGAGCUCCCGUUGCUCAGUCCCUGCUCCUGCCAACCUAGCAGUUCAAAAGCACGUCAAAGUGCAAGUAGAUAAAUAGGUACCGCUCCGGCGGGAAGGUAAAUGUGUUUCCGUGCGCUGCUCUGGUUUGCCAGAAGCGGCUUAGUCAUGCUGGCCACAUGACCCAGAAGCUGUACGCCGGCUCCCUCGGCCAAUAAAGCGAGAUGAGCGCCGCAACCCCACAGUCGGUCACGACUGGACCUAAUGGUCAGGGGUCCCUUUACCUUUACCUAAGGCUAGCUUAGGGGUCUCAAGGAAAAUGUUGAAGGGGGAGUGUGCACUGCCGCCGCCCAUCCCACAUCCCUUGCUCUGCCUAAUGGUAGGGCCGGCCCACUGAAUGCAAGUGCAAUCAUAGCAUCCAUUUAUCCAGCUUCUUCGCGAACCUAGUUUUGUUCUUUGCUCCCAAGACCGUUCGCAGGAGACGCCAGCGGUUGCUGUGAGAGCUGUAGCUCUUGGACCGGAUCAGGGACUCGUAGCCUGCUUCCGCUUUCUCCUUAACAGUAUUCCUUUGACAAAGUCCUCCUGACGCCAUCAUCAGCGCUAGGAUCCUGGCACAUGCAGACCUUCUCUCCUCUCCCCCCCCCCCCCACUUUCUGAUCCGAAGACUGACAGGGUCGUAGGCAGGUCAGCCCCGUGUUCUGCCAGUACUAACAAGCACCCUUUGUGCUCUGGUAUUAAAAGCUUCAGCAUGUGACGGACGCUUUCUGCUGACGCUGAGGAGGAGAAGGUGUAGCAAGGAAGGGAAGGGUUCUUAUUUCACCAGUCUCAAGUGCUGCUUCAUGCGACUGGGUGAGCAACAAAAGGGGGGUACCAUCAAAAGGUGGAAGGACCACUCGCGAGCUUCCAUGACAGAUUUAGGUCAGGUCCUCGGGGUGCAGUGUUACAGUGUUUACACACACACACACACACACACACACACCUCACAAGAGGAUGGUAUGAACAGGUGCCACAUCUUUCUCGCAAUUUUGAAAUGUAAUAUUUGGGAUGAGAGCUAGGACGCAUCCACAACAUACCAUACCAUUAUGCCACUCUAACACCCAUUGCUUCCCCUAAAGAACCCUGGAACUGUACCUCAGCACCCUCAACUAAAAUACAGAGCCCAGGAUUUUUUUAGGGGGAAGCCAUAAAUGUUAAAGCAGUACAGUGGUACCUCGGGUUAAGUACUUAAUUUGUUCCGGAGGACCGUACUUAACCUGAAACUGUUCUUAACCUGAAGCACCACUUUAGCUAAUGGGGCCUCCUGCUGCUGCCGUGCCGCCGGAGUCCGAUUUCUGUUCUUAUCCUGAAGCAAAGUUCUUAACCUGAAGCACUAUUUCUGGGUUAGCGGAGUGUGUAACCUGAAGCGUAUGUAACCUGAAGCGUAUGUAACCCGAAGUACCACUGUAUAAAAAGGUAAAGGUAAAGGACCCCUUUUGCACCUAGGAUCAAUAAUAGGAUGCCCAUUAUUCUCUCUACUUAAUAAUGAUAAACAAGCUUUAACUUUUUUUUUUAAAAUAGUAACAUCCCAUGCCAGCCUUAGUUUGGUUUGGUUUAGUUUUCAUGUGUUUGUCUCAUGAAGUUCUUUUUUAAUAUUUAGGUUAUACGGAUCAAACUCAAUAAAAAAUACUUUAGAAAAAGAAAGAAUACGAUGCCCAGUAGUUCUCCUGAUCUUAUUAUAAACUUGCUUUGGGCCGCGAGCUCUUGAAUAGUGUUCCUAAUCUAAGGGCUUAGUUGCCUGCUCAGUUUUACUGAAAUAUCCCAAAUGUAUUCAUGGAGAUCAUCUGAGGUGUUUGAAUAUCAAAUUAAAAAUGGAGAAGAAAGCUUAGAGGCUCUCAACUAUUUAAUCUCAAGAUCCACAAUCAUGUCAUUCUGCCAUGGGCAUUAUCUUGAAGACAAAAUGGUGGGGGAGAUUAGAAUUUUCACAUAAUGCGUGCCACAAACAGCCUUCGAUUCUCUGAAGUGUAUGAGUGGUUUGGAGAUGAGAAUCUGGGGGGACAAUCAGUCCUUCCCAGAGUUGGUUCUCCCACUCCCCCUUUUCAUAUGGAGACAGCAGGUAUCACAGACAAUUACUUUAUAGACCAGGUUCCAGAUCUUUGCUUAGAUGGGAAAAGUUAGAUGUACAAUGGUACCUCGGGUUACAAACGCUUCAGGUUACAUACGCUUCAGGUUACAGACUCAGAAAUAGUCUGCUAACCCAGAAAUAGUGCUUCAGGUUAAGAACUUUGCUUCAGGAUAAGAACAGAAAUUGGGCUCCUGGCGGCGCGGCGGCAGCAGGAGGCCCCAUCAGCUAAAGUGGUGCUUCAGGUUAAGAACAGUUUCAGGUUAAGAACAGACCUCCGGAAUGAAUUAAGUACUUCACCCGAGGUACCACUGUACUGGCUUUUCUUUCCAUAAGGAAAACAGGAUGACAUUUCUGUGGUGCCUUCUGUGCAGCUUUUACAUGCAGCCCUGACACCUAUUUUAGGAACUUUUGACAGUGGACAGAUCAUAAGACCCUAAAACAGCCUCGGGCUUUUUCUUUCUUUCCUGGCCAGUCCGGUUAGCCGAUGCUCAGGGCACAGAAUCGCCCGACCUGUUGUACCAUGGCUGUUCAGAGGGGAGCUGCUAUCCAGCCACAGGGAAUCUUCUCAUUGGGAGGACGCAGAGGUUGAGCGCCACAUCCACAUGUGGCCUGGAGGGGCCUCAGGAGUACUGCAUCGUCAGCCAUUUGCAGGUAAUGCCACAUGGGUGUUGGCCAAGGGUGAAAGAACAGGGAGGGAGAAGUUGAUGAUGAAAAAGGAGUUGUCAACUUGCUGGCCAGAGGGACAAUUGCAUUUCCGGGAUGUUUGUGUACAGUACCUUCAGAAUUGUUACAGGAAAGGUGUGUUGGGUCUGCUGCAGCAAUAGGAAAACCCUGUGAUUUUUUAACUGCAGGGAGCGGAAAGACUUUUGAGGCAAUGUUCCAGUAGCCAUUCAUAGCCCUUCCUAUCCAGGAAAGCCCAGUGACUCUCCUUGCGUGGACAGGCCCUGUCUAGAGCCUGAGAAGAUGUUCAACGGCCCAAAGAGCAAAAGGUUUUCUGUUCUAGAAUACUUAGAAGCUCCUAAGAAUAUAGCUCAGCGUUUAACCAACGGAACCUAGUCUAUUUUCAAAGCCUGGUUACAUCAGGGUGUCAGGUCACACCUACGCCAUACAUUUAGAAUACAUUCAAGCUCUGUGAGGAGAAAACUACAUUCCCUGAGAUUCUUUGGCGGAAGGCAUUAUUUAAAUGAUUGUAGAAUGUUUUUUUAAAUGUACAGUUGCAGGAGUGUCCUCAGUCUUUAAGACAGUGGGCUUAUCCACUCUACUUUUCCCAGGCAUGGUCUGCACUUUAAAGCUCUGUGUUUGAGUGCCCCCCCUUUUUUUUGCUCUGGAACUUCCCCUGCAGAAGUCUGCUCUUUAAAGCUCAAUUGGAGCAAAUGGCAAUCUGCGCAAAAUCCAAAUUGACGUUUGCUCUGGUUGAACGCUAAAGAGCGGGUUUUCAAAGGAAAGCUUCGGAACAAAAACUAAAAACAAUAAAUCACUCGGAUACAGAACUUUUAAGCACAAACCUGUGCCUGGAAACAGCUGGGCAAAAGUAAAGUGUGUCCACCAAGUGUGGUUUGUGUCUUCCUCUAAUUAUAGGUGAUAAUAACUCUAUCAGUGAGGGAGGGGGGUAUUCUCUGAGGAUUCCCCACCCCCGCCCCCCGACCAAUGGCAUUUAGAGUUCUUUUAAAAUUAUUUAUUUCAUUUUCCUUCUCACUUAUGCUAGCUUACACCCGAUAACCAGAUUACCAAAACAAAAACCAUGGGAAGAAGCAAAUGGAAGUGAUAAUAAUACAAAACAAGAAGAGUGUAACUAAAGUAGAAUCCUACUGACCUAUCACCCUUUAAAAACCAAGAUUUCCAAAUGCUGACAACUGUCCAGACAAAUAGGUUUAAUGCAAUCACUGAAAAAUAUAUAGCUGGUGACCAAAGAGAAUUUGUAAAAAAAAAAAAACAGAAACAAGAAACAAACAAACAUUGUCUCUGAGGAUUUACAUGGUGCUUUUGUUGAUUUUCAAUCCACUAUGGCUCUCUUGACAGGACUCUGAGAAAUGCUUCCUUUGUGACUCACGCUCCCUGUCCCUGCACGAGAGCCACCACAUUGAGAAUGUCAUCUACCUGAGUGGUCGGGAUGGUGAGCAGACCUGGUGGCAGUCUGAGAAUGGUAAGUGUCAAUAAUAAGAGAUUCAGAGUCCUUUUCCUUGGACCUUACCAAAUGCACCAGUGGAGACUGAGUUACUUUUCUGUUCUGAAAAUGUUGGACUUCCUGUGGCAUGGUAAAAGACAAACCACACAGAAAAUACAAGAUGACAAUGAUUCAACAAUGGUUUUGUGUGGGAUGCCCUGAAAAAAAAGUGAAGAAAGCAUGGCAAGUCCACAUUAAAUAUCUAGUGUGGAAAUACUCAAAUAUGCUCUAAUGUUCAUAAGGCCAGAACAUGCCCAGCCCCAAUCACUGCAGGCAGGCGGGACGCGGGUGGCACUGUGGUCUAAACCACUGAACCUCUUGGGCUUGCCGAUCGGAAGGUCGGCGGUUUGAAUCCAUGCGACGGGGUGAGCUCCCGUUGCUCUGUCCCAGCUCCUGCCAACCUAGCAGUUCGAAAGCACACCAGUGCAAUUAGAUAAAUAGGUACCGCUGUGGCGGGAAGGUAAACAGCAUUUUUGUUCUCUCUGGCACUCGUCACAGUAUUCCGUUGUGCCAGAAGUGGUUUAGUCAUGCUGGCCACAUGACCCGGAAAGCUGUCUGCUGACCAAUGCCAAUUCCCUUGGCCUGAAAGCGAGAUGAGUGUCGCAACCCCAUCGUCACCUUUGACUGGACUUGACCAUCCAGGAAUCCUUUACCUUUACCAUUGCAGGCCAGUACAUUUCCGAGCACAAUUCAAAGUUUUGGUUUCAAGCCCUACAUGGCUCCAGCCCUGUAUACCUGAAGGAUCGUCUCCACCCCCAUUGUUUGGCCUGGACACUGAGGUGGGUGGCGUUUAACCAGGAAACAGGCUUGAGUGUAAAGGGUUAAGCUCCCGUGCCUCAUUCCCAAACCAGAGAUGCAUUCAUAAAUCUCUAUUAUAACAUGCAAUUUUUAUCAGGAGAUUAUGAGCCUAGGCGAUGUUAUUUCAGAGCCUUGAAGGUAGUAUGGCAGAGCUGUUUUUGUCUGCAGGCACACAUAUCCUUUCUUUCUUUGGUCCUACUAUGGUCUCUUCCUAAACAGGUUUUUCAGGAUUUGAAGCCUCAGGAAGUAGAACUCAGAAACCAAAGCAGAACGGGGAAAAUGAGAGCAGAGAAACAGGGGGAAUAAGUACAAACAAUAAUAAAACCUCUUUUAUACCAUUUCCAAGGUUGUGAUCAAAUGUAUCUAAGCCAAGCCUCACUCACUCAAGGCAUAGGAGUGAGCAAACCUACAGGGGAAGGCGGGAACAUAAGUUACCUUACCUUACUUGAUCUGCCUGGUAGGCCAAUACCCAUCAUUGGCCAAAUUGGACAGGUGGGCAGGGCUGCCCACCUGUCAAUCGCCUGACAUCGCAAUCACAUCAGUUGAGAAUGAUUGGGAGUUCAAAGCACCAGGCUGCGUUUGCAAAGAUCCUGUGCUGCCAAAGAGCCACUGAUAUCCGCUUAUCAGCUGACAGAAAGUAGCUUCAAGACUGCUUUCUGCAGGGAUCAACUACGCAAGUGGUGGCCAAACUUGGCCUUCCAGCUGUUUUGGGACUACAGAGCCCAUCAUCCCUGACCACUGGUCCUGUUAGCUAGGGAUGAUGGAAGUUGUAGUCCAAAAACAGCAGGAGGGCCAAGUUUGGCCACCACGGAACUAUGUGGUCAGUUCCUUACAGGGAGCUCAGUGGUGCAGCUGACAUAGGAUGUCAGGUGUGGGGCAGGUGGGUAAGGUACAGUGGUACCUUGGGUUAAGAACUUAAUUCGUUCUGGAGGUCCGUUCUUAACCUGAAACUGUUCUUAACCUGAAGCACCACUUUAGCUAAUGGGGCCUCCUGUUGCUGCCGCGCCGCCGGAGCACAAUUUCUGUUCUCAUCCUGAGGCAAAGUUCUUAACCCGAGGUACUAUUUCUGGGUUAGCAGAGUCUGUAACCUGAAGCGUAUGUAACCUGAGGUACCACUGUACUGUGGUUUAGGGAAAACAGCCUUUCAGGCCAAAAUGGGACCCGUGUAAGUCUUGCAUCGAGGGAAAUUUCCUCUCCCACAACGUAUUUAAAUGAGGGGUGCUCCUAGUCUAACUUCUGUCCUUCUCUCUCACUACUUCCACAGGUGUAGAGCAGGUCAGCAUCUCCUUGGACCUGGAAGCCGAGUUCCACUUUACUCACCUCAUAAUGAAGUUUAAGGUACUGAGAUCUCUACCAAAUGGGCGGAAGCAGUGCAAUGAAUACUAGAUGCCUUUAUAGGAACUAACAGGAGCACUGCUGAUGAAAUACCCAAUAAGCACCGCUACCUCUAAUACUAGGGGUGCGGGUGGUGCUGUGGGUUAAAUCACAGAGCCUAGGACUUGCCGAUCUGAAGGUCAACGGUUCGAAUCCCCGCUCCAAUUGCUCGGUCCCUGCCCCUGCCAACCUAGCAGUUCAAAAGCACGUCAAAGUGCAAGUAGAUAAAUAGGUACCACUCCAGCAGGAAGGUAAACGGCGUUUCUGUGCGCUGCUCUGGUUCGCCAGAAGCGGCUUAGUCAUGCUGGCCACAUGACCCGGAAGCUGUACGCCGGCUCCCUCGGCCAUUAAAGCGAGAUGAGCGCCGCAACCCCAAAGUCGGCCACGACUGGACCUAAUGGUCAGGGGUCCCCUUUACCUUACCUCUAAUACUAAGACAGCGGUGGCAUUCUUUAUGUAUUUCAGUAGGUACCCUGACUUUCUGCAGGUGACACCGAAGGUGGAUGGGUCUCUGAACCUAAUUAGGUGUGGCAUUAAAAUAGUGCCAAUGGAGGGAUCGGCUGCUGAUGCAAAUAGCAGAUUAGUGGAGUGAUAUUCUUUGGGAUUGCAGUGGGGGAAAAGGGUUAGGAAUAUAGGUGGCUGCUUUUUACUGAGUGAGACUGCUGGGCCAUCGAGCUCAGUCCUGUUAGCACACUAAUGGGCAGCAGCUUCUCAGAAUUUCAAACAUGGCUGUCUGCCAGCCCACACCUAGAGAGGCCAGGAAUGGAACCUGGGACCUUGUGCAUAUAAAACAGAUGCUCUACCAUUGAGUUACAGCCCUUCCUUAAAUUCCUUCUUGCUCCCUGCAGCAAUCCUGAUAAUUAUCAGUGCCCUCCCUCUUUCACAGUGGCUGCUAUUUGCAUAUUUUAUGUGCUAAAUGCAAAGUCACGUUUCACGAUAUGUCUAGUGUGGUGGUAAACCAACAACAAACUUUGGCGUCCAUUGAUGGCUAGUUUGGAGCGAAACAAACACUACAAGCCCGGAUCUGGAUGACACGACAGGCCUGUCCCAGAAUCCUAGAGUAAUGCUGGAGGAGUUGAGAUGCUAGAAGCAAAAAUUCGCUCACAAGCAAAUUACCGUAUUUUUCGCUCUAUAAGACGCACCAGACCACAAGACGCACCUAGUUUUUGGAGGAGGAAAACUAGAAAAAAAAUAUUCUGAAUCUCAGAAGCCAGAACAGCAAGAGGGAUCGCUGAGCAGCGAAAGCAGCGAUCCCUCUUGCUGUUCUGGCUUCUGGGAUAGCUGCGCAGCCUGCAUUCGCUCCAUAAGACGCACACACAUUUCCCCUUACUUUUUAGGAGGGAAAAAGUGAGUCUUAUAGAGCAAAAAAUACGGUAAAAUGCGGUCAUUCCUCCACUUGCCCGUGUGGAAUCUGCAGAGCACCUGAAAACUCUCCGAACCUGCAAUGAGAAAACCCAGUUUCUCCUGUUCACAAGCACCUGCCUUGCUUUGCUGAAAUGUUUUAGGUUUUUAUUUAAGAGUUACUUUUUGUGGUUGAGGGGGCAGAUUGGUUGGAGAAGGAACACUGAAACUCAACUGUCCACUUUGCUCCCCUUUUCUCAUGCAGACAUUCCGCCCAGCGGCCAUGUUGAUUGAACGUUCGUCAGAUUUCGGGCACAGCUGGAAGGUUUAUCGCUACUUUGCCUUCAACUGCUCCAAGCUCUUCCCUGGCGUCCCCAUGCAAGUCCCAACACACGUCAACCAGGCGAUCUGCGACCAGCGAUACUCUGAGAUUGAGCCCUCCAGCCAUGGCGAGGUCAGUGCUAACCUGCUAAAGUAGGAUUAAGGAGCAGAGCCACCUUUACUCCCCCCCCCAAAAAAAAAAUCCCACAAAAACAAAACAAAAUGAGGUUUAGCAUUUCAUGGCCAGAUACUAAUCAAAAUUUUGUCAAAUUCAGAUUUUUAAUCUGGGGAUGAAUUUGGGAAAUGCUCAAUUCUGCCAUAUUCUAACAUAUAGAAUAAGAGAACAAGAAGAACAUACAUUUAAAGAGGAUUGGAAAACGUUUAUUGACUAUAUGGGAAAUAAUUGCGUACGGCUGAAAACGCUGGCAGCAUUAAGAUAAAUUCAGCAGUGUAAAUAAGUUUUGCUGGGUGCGAUAAUGGAAUAGUCUCUUUCAGUUUUGCUAGAUGGAUACGCAAGCGUUGGGGCCUAACUGGCCAAAAUGGCAGAGAUCCAUGAUCGGAUCUUCUGUUUUUAAAUUGUAGCAAAUAUCAGCUGUGGGAGGAGAGGAAGGGUUUAACCCUUUCCUCCCAACCCACUUUCCUGAUGAAAAUCCCCCACCCCCAGCUGCUAUUUAUUCCAUUAGGGUAAAAAUUGCAUGUACAUCUUAACCUUUCUCUGUAGGUGAUUUUCAAAGUGCUGGAUCCGGCGGUGAAAGUUGAGGACCCAUACAGCCAGGAAAUCCAAGGUAUGAAUUUACGAGCGGCAGGGGAUGGCAUAGUGAGGGGAGAAGCACUCGCCCGACCUCCAGGCAGGUGAAUUAAUGGACGCGGGUGGCACUGUGGGUUAAACCACAGAGCCUAGGACUUGCCGAUCAGAAGGUCGGCGGUUUGAAUCCCUGCGACGGGGUGAGCUCCCGUUGUUCAGUCCCUGCUCCUGCCAACCUAGCAGUUCGAAAGCACACCAGUGCAAGUAGAUAAAUAGGUACCGCUCUGGCGGGAAGGUAAACGGCGUUUCCGUGCGCUGCUCUGGUUUGCCAGGAGCGUCUUAGUCAUGCUGGCCACAUGACCCGGAAACUGUACGCCGGCUCCCUCAGCCAAUAAAGCGAGAUGAGCACCGCAACCCCAGAGUCGUCCGCGACUGGACCUAAUGGUCAGGGGUCCCUUUACCUUUACCAUGAAGAGGAGGUGCACUGCAGUGCAAAGGUACUGGUUGGAAUGCUGGAUCAGCUUCUGCCGUGUGCCUGGACUACAUCAGUGAGUAAACAAACAAACUCCUGUGUUGCAAAAUAUGAGUCAGCAAUAUCAAAAGCAACACAAACAGAAGUCUCUGAAAGUCUCUGAAAGUCCUUAAAUGAAUCACGGUGCCAGACUUUACCCUGCGGAGAACAAGCUGUGAAGCUUUGUAUAAUCAGCAAAUGUCCAAUACCGAUGUCCAACUCUGAACUCUGCUGACCAGUGUUUCCGGAUAACAACUACUGUUUUGUUGAAUUCUUCAUCAGCCAAUUAGUUCAACACUCGUAAAGUAGAAAGAGAAUCAUUAACUGAAAAUAAAAUAUUCAAACGGUGACCUGCACAUGCAUAACAACAACUUCAAAUAGCGUAGAAAUUAUAAACUAUAACGUAAAAAAGUUACAUUUAGUUAGUUAGUUUUGAUGUUUUGAAUUAUUCCAUAAAGUUUUUCAUAUUGUAAUUGUUUCUGGCCGUUGUGUUGCUUUUGAUAUUGCUGGACUAGAUCCGUGGCAGACCUUGGGGCUCUCAAAUUUCAGUGACGCCCUGUGUGACACCAAAAUUUGCCCUCCUUCGUCUUCCAUUCUGCAUCAUAGUUGCUGCGCCCAGUGCAACUGCACCAGUUGCAUGCUUCUAAAUCCACCUCUUACUAGGUGACCCUUGCCAUUCCUUCCCACUCUACAAUUCUAUGUACCAUGCGCCUCCCUUUAAGCAGCAGAAUCUGACCUACCUACCAAAAGGUCAGGUAGGCGACUCUGCUCCCACAACAACACCUGCUACCAUAGCAGGGAAAGGGGUUGGCCCUUAGAGGUGGGACUUUUAUUGGAGAUAAGCACGAUCAGAGAUUGGGGGAAAUAUUCCAAACAUAUGGCAUCUGGGAGGUUUGGGAUCGUAAAGUCACUAUAGCCCUCGGGGAGUGAAUGCCCGAGGACCAGGGAAAGGACCAGGGCAAUUAGCACUCAAAGAGAGACAGAAAGAGACUGACAGGUUGCAGAUGGAGGGACUCCGCUGACAUCAAAACAGCAAAGCUUAGAUGUGCAGAGAUGUUCAACCUUACUGUAUGCUUGUGAAACGUGGACCACUUACAAAUGCCAUCUCCAACUCCUCGAAAGAUUCCAUCGAGGGUGUCUCCGAAAAAAUUUACACAUCACUUGGGAAGACAGGUGAACUAAUGCCAGUGUACUGGAAGAAGCAAAGAUCCCCAGUGUUGAAGCGAUGGUUCUUCAACAUCAGCUUUGUUGGGCUGGUCAUGUUGUGUGGAUGCCUGAUGAUCGUCUUCCAAAGCAACUACUCUAUUCCAAACUUUAAAAUGGAAAGUGUGACGCCGGUGGUCAACAAAAGAGGUUCAAAGACUCUCUCAAGGCAAAUAUUUAAAAAUGUAGUAUAAACACUGACAACUGGGAAAAACUGGCCUGUGAGCGCUCCAAUUGGAGAAUGGCCUUUACCAAAGGCUUUGAAGACACUCGAACUAACACGCUAAGAGGAAGGCACGUUUGGCAAACUCUCACCAUGAUCAUCUCCCACCCAGAAACCUAUGUCCCCACUGUGGAAGGAUGGGUAGAUCCAGAACUGGCCUCCACGGUCACUUAUGGACUCACUUUUAAAACCGUGUUUAAGGAAGACAAUCUUACUCAGCUACGAGUGAUCGCGAAUGCAGAAGAACAGAAUAAUAUCUGGGAUAGGCAACUUGUAGUCCUCUGCUCAUAGCUGUCAACUUACAGAUUUGAAAAUAAGGGACCAGCAGCCUUGAAAAUAAGGGACCAGCAGCCAAAAUAAGGGACCUGCAGCCUCACCUGUUCCAGGCACUCCAGUCUUCCUGUCCUCCUGCAGUCUGGUCAAACUCAUGCUGGUAGCUUUGAGAACACUGUCCAACCAACUUUGUAGCCAGAGGUGCAACUGAAUAGAAUCCGAAUCACAUGCACCACAAGGCCUAUGCAGCCUCAACUUAAGAUGGCUCCCCGGCCUGGCUUUGCACUGCAAAGUUUGCAGCAGCACGUGCAACAAAAUAGUGUCCAGCAUUCAAAAAACCCCUCAGCUUGCAUUAACUAGCCACACACAAGGCAUGCAAGCUCCACCCCCCAGUCAUUCUUAGACUUCUUAUUGGGUGAGCAACACAGCCAAGCAACACAGUUGGAGCCUCCCUCCUCCCUGGCCGGCAGGGAGGGAGGGAGAGGAGCUGCUUCCUUUGAAAUUUAAGGGACAUCAUUUAAGGGACAUUUAAGGGACUUCCAUCAAUAAGGGACAGCCGCGGGACAUGGCGCUGGAAUAAGGGACUGUCCCUUCAAAUAAGGGACACUUGACAGCUAUGCCUCUGCUUGUUGUUGGACUUCAAUUCCCAUCAGCCCCAGACAACAUGGCCAAUGCUCAGGGAUGAUGGAAGUUGAAGUCCAAGAACAUCUUGAGGGCCACAGGCUCUCUGUCUCUGGCAUAAAGCAUUGGUAGGUACUAUUGCUGCAACCUGGCUCAAGGUAUUUAUUUGAUCAUGUUCUUGCUUACAAAUGAAUGAAUUUGCUUAAUUUGAAUUAAGUUUUGCAUUACCAAAAACUCAGCACAAAUUUCAGUGUCUGAAGUGUGAGAGAUUUUACAGUUUGACAAAGGAAAGGAUUUGAGAGGGAACAAGAAUGUAUAUUUCACUUACUGAUGAUCAUGCAAAAAAUGUUAGUAGCCCAGUAUGGGGAGAAACAAGGGGGGGGGGGUACCAAAAGUAAGGCAGUGGGAAACAAAAUGUUGGACUUCAGUUAAAUAUGCAAAAGUGAUUUAUUGGAUAAAAUACAGAGAAAAGGAAGGAAAAGGAGUUGGAACAAAUUAUUUCAAGAAUAUUACAGUAAAAACCCUGUUUGGUUUGUGAUUAAUUCGAUUGAAUUGUUGGAGAAUCAGGGAAUAAUAAGAGUAUUUGAGAUGUUUUAGAGAAGAAAGAACAGUUAAUAAUUUAGGAAGCAAAGAGACCUUGAAUAAUGUAAGAUAUGUAUGGUGUUAUUGUACUUCUGUACAUUGUUAUUUGUAUGUAUUUAUAGAACUAUGCGCAGAAAAACAAAUGAAAGGCACCAAUCAUUGUUAGAAAGCAAGGCCAUCUUUAUUUAUUUAUUUUCUCAAUCCCUUUUGCAGUAGCACACAAUUGUAUAGACAAUUGCGCCCUUAGCGCUCUCUUACCAGGGGGUGCCAACUUGGAUAAAAUGGGGGGGGGCAGGUAAGCUCCACUCUGCAUAAUUAAUCACAAGAUGCGGCACACAUAUAUCAUUUAAAUAGCAAUGUCCAUCAACUGGGGGUGGGUGCACCUCCUCAAAUAUUUUAUUGGGGGUGGGUGAAGGGACCUCAGUUGGCUCCUAUGCUCUCUACCAAUUAAAAUGAUAAAAGGCUGAAGCCCUAACACGUUCUUGUUGUUACUGGCAUCCGUUUGUCUUGGGAGAUUAAUAAUAAUAAUAAUAAUAAUAAUUUUUUAUUUAUACCCCGGCCUUCCCGAUUCAGAAAACCAGGCUCAGGGCGGCUAACAACAAAUUUAAAACACGUAAUUGAUGCAACAAAAAACAGCAUAAAAUACUGUAUAAAACGUGAAUAACAAUAAAUUCAGAAUUAAAAAAUCAAUUUAGGGGGGGAAAUCCAUCCAAUAAACAUUAGAUGAUCAGGGCUAGCUGGCUAAAUUAGUCCUAUUUGGGCCAGUGAGGAGACCAGGGGAGAAUUAGCUGUGGGAUCCCAGAGAAGGAAAUCUUCAUAAAAGGGGAGGGGAAGGGAAGGAAGGGGAAUAAAAGAUCAGGCUAAGUUCAAAUUGAAAGCCAGGUGGAAUAGCUCUGUCUUACAGGCCCUGCGGAAGGAAGUUAAACCCUGCAGGGCCCUGGUCUCAUGGGACAGAGCAUUCCACCAGGUCAGAGCCAUCUUUUACUGCAGGUGGGGAAAUGUAUCUGUGUGGAAUCCAGGGGAGCAGCCUGAGAUUGGGGUGGGGUGUGGGGCUGAGGCUACAGGGAGUCUAGGAGCUAAAGCUCUGCACCAAAACAUCUCCUUCCCUCCUGACCAGAUCUGUUGCGCGUCACCAACCUGCGGGUGAACUUCACAAAGCUGCACACUCUGGGCGACAACCUACUCGACUUUCGGCAUCAGGUGCUGCAGAAAUACUACUACGCCGUGUACGAGAUGGUGCUGCGUGGAAGCUGCUUCUGCUAUGGGCACGCCUCAGAGUGUGCCCCCCUGGCUGGAGCGCCAAGCAGAGUGGAAGGCAUGGUAAGGACCUUAUCAGUGUUAGCGGAGACUGAGGCGGGGAGUUCAGGUUGCAGCCCUAUAGCCAGGAAGACAGGGCAGGGGGAGGUACGCUUAGUGGUCGGAGCUCCCAUGCUGGGCUUGGCUUUUUGAUUAGGAGUAUGUGGGCCCCACUGUGUGGGGAGAUUAGGAGUAUGUGGGCCCCACUGUGUGGGGAGAUUAGGAGUAUGUGGGCCCCACUGUGUGGGGAGAUUAGGAGUAUGUGGGCCCCACUGUGUGGGGAGAUUAGGAGUAUGUGGGCCCCACUGUGUGCAGUUAUGAGGGGAAAGUAUGCCUUUAAAAAUGAAAAUAACAUGUAAAAAUAAUACAGUGGUACCUCGGGUUACAUACGCUUCAGGUUACAGAUUCCACUAACCCAGAAAUAGUACCUUGGAUUAAGUACUUUGCUUCAGGAUGAGAACAGAAAUCGUCCUCCGGCGGCAUGGCGGUAGCGGGAGGCCCCAUUAGCUAAAGUGGUGCUUCAGGUUAAGAACAGUUUCAAGUUAAGAACAGACCUCCAGAACGAAUUAAGUACUUAACCCAAGGUACCACUGUAACAUGCUUCAUAGUGGGAGAAAUUGCUUGCAAAAAUUUGCACAUUGGGCAAAAUGCACACUAAAAACGAAUUUUCAUGAGGACUUCUUCCUGUAAAAAAAACAACCCAAUAACAACAAACGGAUGUGGAAAUGUAGAGAACUGAAUUGAAGGUUAGAAAAAACUGAAAUUGACAGAUUCAUCUAUAUCAUCUACUACCUGGCAGGUAGUAGAGAGGCUACAACCUUGGUGGUUCUGCUUACUGUAUCUAUCGGGAGAAUGUGACACACAGACUCCCAAUUGUGUGUAGAGAACAUGCGUUAUUGUACCAAAAGCACAAUUUCUGUCAACUGGAAGUGUAGAUUCUUUUGUUGGAAUCCAUUUUACAUUUUGAGAAAACCUCAUUCUUAAGCUUGCAGAGCCGGUAUGGCUGGGUUCUGGGAUGGAAAGAGAAGGCAUAUACAGAGGGAAAUUUCCAGCCCAGUGGAAAUUCCAACUAGACACAUUUUUUUAAUGGUCUGAGUAAUUCUCAAACCUUAUUCAGGGUUAUUUGUUCUCCACAAACAUCAGACCUAGAAACCUAGGGUUGUAUUCGGUGAAGUCAUGCUCUUAAGGCAAGGACUUCUGCCAGUGCAAUGAGACUUCCUCUUCCAUGCUUGCCCCCUGCACUCCUUCCCCAUAUGCUCUGGAGGGCUGGUGGGGGGCGGGAACUUAGAACAGAUAUGUUGGGGGCGGGGAGGCACGGGGGGGGGGACACAGAAAGAGGAGAGGGAGAGGAAGUCCCUUUGUGCAGGCAGAAGUCAUUGUCCUAACAGGAGAAUAAGAAUAAGAAUAAGGAUUUAUUAUUUGUACCCCGCCCAUCUGGCCAGGUUUCCCCAGCCACUCUGGGCAGCUUCCACAGGUGGUGCUGUGGGUUAAACCACAGAGCCUAGGACUUGCCGUUCAGAAGGUCGGCGGUUUGAAUCCCCGUGAUGGGGUGAGCUCCCGUUGCUCGGUCCCUGCUCCUGCCAACCUAGCAGUUUGAAAGCACAUCAAAGUGCAAGUAGAUAAAUAGGUACCGCUCUGGUGGGAAGGUAAACAGCGUUUCCGUGCGCUGCUCUGGUUCGCCAGCAGCGGCUUAGUCAUGCUGGCCACAUGACCCGGAAGCUGUACACCAGCUCCCUCGGCCAAUAAAGCGAGAUGAGUGCCACAACCCCAGAGUUAGUCACAACUGAACCUAACGGUCAGGGGUCCCUUUCCUUGACCCCGCCCAUCUGGCCAAGUUUCCCCAGCCACUCUGGGCGGCUUCCAACAAAGAUUAAAAAUACAUUAAAGUGUCACACAUUAAAAACUUUAAUGAUGUCUUCUAAAUGUCAGGUAGUUGUUUUAUCUCUUUGACAUCUGGUGGGAGGGCGUUCCACAGGGCGGGUGCCACUACCGAGAAGGCCCUCUGCCUGGUUCCCUGUAGCUUUGCUUCUCGCAGUGAGGGAACCGCCAGAAGGCCCUCAGCACUGGACCUCAGUGUCCAGGCAGAACAAUGGGGAGGGGGAAACGUUGCUUCAGGUAUACUGGGCCGAGGCCGUUUAGGGCUUUAAAGGUCAACACCAACACUUGGCUGGGUGCAACCCUCGCUCUUAAAACAAAUCAAGCUGCUUGUAUUCUUCAAGGGUUAUUAGAACCUGUUACAGGAUUGUGUUCACAUAGCUUCUGACUAUAUGGCCAUCAGCCACGCUUUGACGUCUUGGGCUCCGGGUCACUUGGGGCCUACUCAGCAGCACCCAGGCACAAGAGGUCCUUCGUAUAAAUAUCUCCAUGCUGAGCGGCACUCUGCUUUCAUUUCCCUGGGCUGUGCCAAGGCUCUGGAUACCCCUCUCACCAGUCUCCUCUGCCCCAGAUCCACGGACGAUGCGUGUGCAAGCACCACACCAAGGGCCUCAACUGCGAGCUCUGCAAGGACUUCUUCCAGGAGUUGCCAUGGAGACCAGCUGAGGCCCACAACCCACACGCCUGCAAAGGUGAGUGUGUUGUUGCGCGUGCCAGAAGGUGUGGGGAAUUGGGUGGCGAAGCAGUGGGAGUCAACGGAAGGAGAUCUUUCCCUGGGGGAGGGGGGGCUGGCAUGUUUGGGAAUGGCAGCAUCCCCUGGCUUUGGGCAGAUAGGUAGCAGAGGAUUGGUAGCGCUGGAAAAGCUAAUCAACUAUGGGAGGGCUAUGAAACAGUCACGAUUCCAUUUAUUUACAAGUGGAAGAAAUGCUCGGAAGUGUAUGUGGAGGCCUGGACAGGCUACCAAACAAGAGUCUCCCGUUUCUAAGGCUUCUGUAUGCAGGCAUUGGUGGUUCCUUAGUCUGGCCUAACAUUUUUAAGAAACAAUGUUGUGCAGGCUCUUACAGAAGAACUUAAGAAGAGUUCUGCUGGGUCAGUCCUAUGGCCCGUGUAGUCCCGCAUGCUGUUCUCACAGUGGCCAACCAGGAAGCCUGCAGCAGCAGCAGCCACAAAUAGCAAACACAUGGGGCAGGUGAGAGCCUCAGCAAUAGCAGCAUUGGUGGCCUAGCCCACGGGUUUAUGAUCCUGUUACAUGGAUGCAAUUCAGGUCACAGGAAAGGAGGAGCGAGCGGAAUAAGAAGAAGAAGAAGAAGAGGAGUUUGGAUUUGAUAUCCCGCCUUUCACUCCCUUUAAGGAGUCUCAAAGCGGCUAACAUUCUCCUUUCCCUUCCUCCCCCACAACAAACACUCUGUGAGGUGAGUGGGGCUGAGAGACUUCAAAGAAGUGUGACUGGCCCAAGGUCACCCAGCAGCUGCAUGUGGAGGAGCGGAGACGCGAACCUGGAUCCCCAGAUUACAAGACUACCGCUCUUAACCACUACACCACACAGGAGUUUGCGGCACCCUUUAACUUUGCCCCUGGCUUCUCCACAGAGUGCAACUGCAACGAGCACUCCCACAAGUGCCACUUCGACAUGGCCGUGUACCUGGCCACGGGCAACACCAGCGGCGGGGUCUGCGACGAGUGCGAACACAACACCAUGGGCCGCCACUGCCAGCUCUGCAAGCCCUUCUACUACCGCAACCCUCUGGCUGACAUCCGGGCCAGCACGGCGUGUAUCCGUGAGUGUCCUUCUAUCGUCCCAGCCACUGUCUUUUUAUUAUGAGGAUGAUGAAUCGUGAUGUGAAUCGCCUCGAUCAGGGUUUACUGUGGGGAGACAGCAUACAGAUAAACGGUGGCUGUGAUCUCCAGAUCUAUUUGUGGUAUUGAUUUUUAUUGUUUCACACCAUUUUUGAGUGGUGUGAGAUUCCGGGCAUUCCAGGCGCUCACCCAGGGUUCGUGUUUCCUUUGCAAUGAGGCACAGUGGAGACUGUGGUGUCUUUAUGAUAGAUGGCUCAUUUACACAUAUACACAACCUGAGCCCUGCGACGGAAGGGUUGACCGUGUUAAAGUCCCAAGGCGGUCUUGCUUCUCCCUUAGCCACAGCCUUGGAUCGCAGCAGAAACCAGGCUUGGCUCUGUGCCGGCUGUUUCGCCAUAAUAAAAAUUGAUUGAGAGGCGUGGCUCUAUCUCUAGCUUGCUGCUUUACUUCUAGGUCACAUCAUUCAAUUCUCCACUCUGGCCUUUUGCUUUUAUAAGCAGUAGACAGUUGAGAGAGGAAGGCCCAUCCAUUUGACCUCUGGCACAGAGCUACUUUUUUUGUUCCAUUAGCAAAGUGGGCCAUUGCCAGUCUGGCCUGGCUAUUCCGACAAUUGAAUCUGUGCUGGAUCCAGGAAUUAGAAGCGGGGCUCAGGCAUACAGCCUAAUCCCCCCCCCAAAAAACCCCCACUUAUAACAGUACGUAAUUGAGAACAUUGGCAGACUUUUGCCUGUCAAAUUUCAGCGGCGCCCCCUCUCUCUUGAUGAAAUAUUUUCACAAUGGAAGAAACCUAUAUAUGAAACAAGUAACAAAAGGAACACAUAUUAUGAAAUACUCCACAACUAACAGACUGUGCUGAACCUGCUAGCAUAAAAAAAAAUGAAAAAAAGCAAAUGCAAAAGUUUUUUAAGCCACGUAUCUGUUUAGUCCUGCUGGCCACAUGACCCGGAAAGCUGUCUGUGGACAAACGCCGGCUCCCUCGGCCUGAAAGCGAGAUGAGCAACCCCAUAGUCGCCUUUGACUGGACUUAACCGUCCUGGGGUCCUUUACCUUUACCUUUACCUCUUCUUGUUUCUCCUUAAUGAAACUUGUGUGAUUGGAAGGGAACAUAAAGGCAGAGUCCCUUUUAAUGUAAGUUGUAAAGGGGACCUGAACAGUAUCCAAUUUCUUUUGUCCCACAGCAUGUGACUGCGCCCCAGUGGGCUCCUUGGACGGUGGCGUUUGUGACAGUCAUACAGAUGCGAUGCUGGGCAUGAUCGCUGGGCAGUGCCGCUGCAAAGAGAACGUCAAAGGCGUGCGUUGCGACAGCUGCAAAGAGGCCUUUUACGGACUGAGCCGCAAUGACCCUCUUGGGUGCCAGCGUUAGUAUCGGUGACUGUGUCUGGGGUCACCAGACUUUGUGGGGGCAGGUGUGGAAUCAAGUCGUGCCAGCAUGGAUACAGGGUGUGGGGGGGGGGGGAGGGCGUGAUAUCUGGGUUGUUCCAGAGGCAGCGGCCGGUGCAAAAUGCGGCAGCUAGGUUGCUUGUGGUGGCCAAACACCCCCAGCGUUUAACCCCUUGCUAGCGGGAUUUGCCCUGGCAGCAAUCUGGGGAUAGGCCAAGUUCAAGGUGUUGUCAUUAAUGUAUAAGGCCCUAUGCAGCUCAGAACCAGGCUACUUGAAACACACCCAGUAUAUUUGUGUGUUCUGUGGGAGGGUGUCUCCUGCCACUGGCGGAGGAAGAGGAGUGCGCAGCUGCCCCCCUGCCCACACUGGGUGCCACGCCCCCAGGACGUGUGCCACGCCCCUUGACACACGCCAGCCCCGCCCCCCGUGCCGGAGCAUGAAGCUCCGCCACUGUCUCCUGCAAGUUCCAAAGGUCUCAGAAGUCUACUUCACAGUAACUUGGAGCAGGGGUUUUAGGGGGGCUGCCCCUGAUCUGUGGAACAACAUUUCUCACAAGAUAUAACAGGGGCCCACUCUCCGCACUUUCCAUAAAUAAAUGAAGAUGUUUUUUGUUUCAGCCAGAUGGAUGGGGUUUUGCCAUGAGAGUCUAUUCAUAUUAAAAAGGGACAUGGGCGGCGCUGUGGUCUAAACCACUGAGCCUCUUGGGCUUGCUGAUCAGAAGGUCGGCAAUUCAAAACUGUGCGAUGGGGUGAGCUCCCGUUGCUCUGCCCCAGCUCCUGCCAACCUAGCAGCUCAAAAGCACGCCAGUGCAAGUAGAUAAAUAGGUACCGAUGUGGUGGGGAGGUAAAUGGCGUUUCUGUGCGCUCUGGCUUCCGUCACUGUGUCCCGUUGCGCCAGAAGCGGUUUAGUCAUGCUGGCCACAUGACCUGGAAAGUUGUCUGUGGCCAAACGCCAGCUCCCUCGGCCUGAAAGUGAGAUGAGUGCCACAACCCCAUAGUCGCCUUUGACUGGAUUUAACCAUCCCGGGGUCCUUUACUAUUUACCUUUAUUCAUUUUCUUAUCAUUUUGUUUUAAAUGCAUUGGCUGUUUUAAAAAUAAUUUAUUGCACAUUGCCUUGAAAUGAUUGCAUAGAGGACGAUGGAUAAAUUAUUAUUCUUAUGAACAACAGUAGUAACACUUCUACCACAAUUUGGAUUUUUUUCUGAUCGGCUUCAGGCACCAACAUGUCUGGAAUCUGAAUGGCACUUCCAUUUCAUUGCUUCGUACAGUUUCCAGCCUUUCCCAAGCCCCCUACUUCUUGCUCUCCUAUAACCAGUGUUUCGUGAGUUCUAGCCAUCUGUCCCGCAGCCGAGACAAUGGGAUUAAAAAUUCUAAAUUAUUCAAAAAGUUGUUCCUUGUGGCUCAAAGCAAUGCAACCUGUGCAUUCAGGAGACACAUCUGAUUUGGUUUAAUGUAUUCUACUUGCAGAAUCUGGUUGUUUGCAGUUGCAGGGGGAAUGGGUGGGGUAGAAUUCUGCCUCGAACUCUGGAGCCCUGCUGAGCUGGGCCAGGAGAUGGCUUAGCCUUGUGCCUGGCAUAGCCGGAUGUAAACCCAUGGAAAGUGCUAGUUAUGUGUGUUCUCAGCCUGCAGGUGUGACCCUCGUGGGAUUAUCCCAGGUAGCCUUCCCUGCGACCACAUCAGUGGCGACUGCUACUGCAAGCGAUUUGUCGCCGGGAGAUACUGCAACCAAUGUUUGGUGAGUGGGUGCUGCGGAACCGUUAAAAGGCGUGAUGCGGAUACUCCAGGCCUGAAUAUGCUUUAGAGAGCCAGUGUGGUGUAGUGGUUAAGAGCGGUGGACUCGUAAUCUGGUGAACCGGGUUCGAUUCCCCGCUCCUCCACAUGCAGCUGCUGGGUGACCUUGGGCUAGUCACACUUCUCUGAAGUCUCUCAGCCCCACUCACCUCAAAGUGUGUUUGUUGUGGGGGAGGAAGGAAAAGGAGAUUGUGAGCCACUUUGAGACUCCUUAGGGGUAGUGAUAAAGCGGGAUAUCAAAUCCAAACUCUUCUUCUUCUUUAGUUGAGGUCUUUUUCCUCCACAGCCUGAAUACUGGGGUUUGAGCAAUGAUAUGGCUGGCUGCCGGAGCUGUGCUUGUGAUUUUGGAGGUGCCUACAGCAACAGGUUGGAAUGGAAGGGACAUGGGGUGGGCUGGGGGAGGGGAAGGGAGGGAACAGCGCUCCGUGGCUGGCAAGGGGAGGGAAGAGUGCAGGGGUGGCCAACUUCUAAAUUCUCAGGGGCCAGUCAGGUGUCCAGGGGAUGGAAUUAGCGCUCCAAUUGGAGAACAGCCUUUCCCAAAGGUGUCACGGGCUUUGAAGACACUCGAACUCAGGACACAAGGGAGAAACGUGCUAAGAGGAAGGCACGCUUGGCAAACCCACACCGUGAUCAACUCCCUAUGUCCCCACUGUGGAAGGACGUGUGGAUCCAGAAUUGGUCUCCACAGUCACUUACGGACUCACUGUUUAUGGAAGACAAUCUUAGUGAUUGCCAAAGAAAAAAGAAGAAGAGUGUUCAAGCUCUGUACUACAUCUGGCGCCAUCUCUCACUUCGCAGCACUGUACGGAAGCAUGGAAAAUAAGUAAAAAGGUUGCUUUUGCAGUGAAGGUCAUGCAAGCAUAUUUUAACCUUCUUAACUGCAGCUUGUUUUAAUUGUAAGUGAUUCUGUGAGGCCCCAUCUGAGCAGUACAUUUAAAGCAGUAUCAUAUCACUUUAAACACUCAUGCCUUCCCCCACAGCCAACAACUCUAGUUUGUUUCUAUUAUUAUUAUUAUUAUUAUUAUUAUUAUUAUGCUGCAAGAUCUUAGGUGAUCUGUAUUCCCCUCAGAGAGCCACAAUUCCUAGAGUUCCCUCCCUGGAAGAGGGAUGAAUUGUGAAACUACUCUGAGAAUUGUAGCUGCGCGAGAGGAAAAUAGGGGGUCUCUUAAAACUUCUCAACACCCUUGACAAACUACCGUUCCCUGGAUUCUAUGAAGGAAGCUUUGACUUUUAAAAAAAUGGCACAAGACUGCUUUAAAUGUGUAGUGCAGAGUUGUGAUUGUAAAAAAAGCAUAACUUGCUAUACUUGCACAUUGCUGCACAUGGUGGCUUUUUUUGGGUCUAGGACAGUGGUAGGGAAACUCCAUCCCGCAGGCCUAAUUAGACCCACCUGGCCUCCCCAUUUUGACUGCCAUGUGGUUUGGCUCAAAACCAUACCCAGCUCUCCAUUACCUGAGGCCAAGCACUGGACAGGUAAACACAUGGGGUCAAAUGGAUAAGGAAGAAUUCGGAGCACACUCUUUAAGUGCCCUCCCGAUUCUUUCUUUCCAGCUGCGGGUUAAAGCGAAUCAAGAGACUGUUUACUUGAGUGUGCAACCUCCCUCUCUCUUUUGCACCCCUUUUGCCGAACCUACUCCAACGGCAGGGCUCAAAUAUUCUGCCAUUGUUCUCAUUCUCUGUCUGGCUGUCUGUCUCUCUCUCUCUCCAGGUGUUCCAUGGAUGAUGGCCAAUGCCCCUGUCGGCCCCAUCUCAUCGGGCGUCAGUGUGAUGAAGUGCAGCCAGGGUUUUUCUGCAUGCCCCUGGACUAUUAUAUGUAUGAAGCAGAGCAUGCCACAGGACUUGCACCAACCCAUCAGGGCCUGCCAGUGAGUGCACUGGGACAGAGGAAGGGAAAGGGGAGCGUGAGAUCCCGGGACAUAGAGCGAGGGGGGCUGUGUCUGGAAAACUGCUAGUGAAUGCGGGUUACUUGUCCAUUUCUUGCAUUUCUUGUGGGUGUUGUCCAAGAGACCUUGUUGUCUCUGGGGCACACACACCUUCAUGGGGACUGAAAAGUUCCCAGCCCAACUUACUGGCCUAAAUCAGAACUUUGCAUACACUGACCCACUUGCAUGCCACAAAUUCAUUCAUGAAUUCAUGAAUUCAGAAUGUUUUGUAUGUGGAAGCACAUGAGCAUGUAAGGCACAUCACCACAGAGGUAUCUGCAGGUAAGGAGAAAAUUCAUUAAAACUGUCCUGGUGGCUCAACCAGUCAAUCAUGGGCUGGUAGGAUGGAAGGCAAGGAGGGCCAAUGAUAGGUGGAACCAGAGCCAAUGGCAGGCAGAGCCAACUAAUUCUAGUUUCGUCCCCAUUCUCCUCCCUGCUGACUUCUAGAAGGACAACACUUUUAAGUAAAAAGCCAAGCAAGUGUGGACCGAAUGAGACUGGUGGGGCAACUCCCCAGUUGCCCAUAUGGGACAACCUCCAUUGGCCAAACCAUACAAUAUAGGGUAGUUCCAUGGGCUCCCUCUUUGCCUUGGCAGCCUCAGUGAGCCUUUCAAAGCCCCUUGGUUGCUGUAUGGCUGAGGAUGGAAACGGUUAGCAGGAGCAACCAAUGGUGUUGGAAAUAAAAAAAUUCCUCGCUUUGUUGUAGGGUGCCUUGCGGCCCGAGGCCCCUGUGGACUGUGUGGAAUAUUACAACGGGGUCCAGAACGGGCGCAAAGUGAGGCUGCGACGCCAGCACAGCACGAUCAGACUCUUGCAGCAGCGAGCGGCGCUCCGAAGAGCCAGGCAACUUCAGCAGAAGGUGACCGAAAUAGGGUGGGAGAGAGAGGAUGCUGGGGGAAACCAGGGAAGGAAGUCCAGGGUGGUCAAGGGUGGUUUGGACCAGAGCUCCAGGCCGCUCAGUAGAGGUGUUGUUGGUCCAUAAAGCUGAGCUGAGGAGCAGCCACUUGGGUCUUCUUGGUCAACUAUGUUAAUUCUUUGCCUUGCACUUAGCCAGAAGGUAAAAGAUACACUUGAAUAGACACUAUGCACUUCGUCAUUGCAAUCUGUUAAGGGCAUCCUCCAUGAGCUGUGCGUGUCCGUAAUUUUAUGCAAGCAGAAUUCAGGUGCUUUGCUGUUGGUCAGGAAUGUCCUGCAGCGACUUAAGUGGUGUCGUGUGGGAGGACUUCAAAAACCACGAUGAUUCUGCUCACAGCUCAGCUUCCCCAAAGCACCCAACCUGCCUCUAGGAGUGUCAGAUGGAGUGUCAGUUCCAUGCGGGGACUAACUGAGCAGGCGGUAAGGGCCGGGAGUCCGUUUAACAACCCCCUCGGGCCUUAUCUGGCCUGUGGGCCGUAGUUUGCUAACUCCUGACCAAAUGACUGCAGUUAGCAGUCCAGGAAGUUCGCAGGACGAAAAGAAGAUGGAAAAGAGAGAGAGCGGCAGCAUGCCUUGACCUUUUACCAGGUCUGGAAAAGUCACGCACACCCACUAGUCACAUUCAAGGAAGGAUGCUCCAGGCCAGGAGGAACAGGAAGUUUCAACUGGCUGGACCAAACAUUCCCUUGCAUGUCCACUCUAGGAAAACAAGGAAUGUUGUAUUUGACUGCUCCCAGCGGAUUCCAACCCACAGGAGGUGAUACCAGGUUCAAUCCCCAACAUCUCCUUGUAGGGCUGGGAGAGACCCCUGGCUGAAACCCUAGAGAGCCACUGUCCAUAGGCAAUACACAUCUAGAUGGAGUAAUGGUCUGACUCAGUGCAAUGCAGCACCCUAUGUCCCUGCGGCUUUGCUGAUGUAAUGUUUUCCCCCGCAGCCUGAUGUGGAAGUCAUGCAACGUGAGCAUACAGGUCACAUGAUUACAUGGACCGGCCCCGGCUUUGCACGCGUGAGGGAUGGGGCUGGUUUAUCCUUCCAUAUCGACAACAUUCCCUACCCCAUGGAAUAUGACAUCCUGUUGCGCUAUGAGCCUGAGGUGCGUGGAAGGAACUGGAGUGGGCGUGGCGGGUGCUUGUUGUUGUGGGGAGAAGUUCUGGCAUUUUCCUGAAUGCUUGCAUUAUUGGAUCAUAAAUUGAUUGCUGUGAGGGGGGGGGAACUGUAGCUGGGAGAACGAGAAUAUUUUCAUGAUGCUUAUCAUAAUAAUGCUUAAUCUUUACAUAAUAACGAAGUUCUCAGAGCACUUCGCAUAAAAUUAGCUUGAUAACACCCUUGCAAGGUAGGCCAUCCCCCAUAUUACAGACAGACGGAUGAGACUAUGGGAUAGAUUUGAAGCAGGGACUUGCCAACUUAUAACUCACACCCUUUCUGGAGCUGGAGAGUGGUUAAAUAGCAGUAGAAAGGAGGAUUUGCCCCAGUCUAAUCUAUGCCCAUCAACUGGGGAUUUGAUCCAUAUUACACAUUGUGGAAAGAGUGUGACCAUUCAGAUGCUGUUGGAUUCCAAUCCCCAUCAGCCACAGUCCGUAUAGCCAUGUCAGGAGUCCAGUUCCUGGCUUGAUAACACCGUGAGCGUAGUUAAUUAAAAAGGAUUCUUUACUGUCAAAACAAACAGAUAGUUCUUCAGUUGGCAGUAACCCUUCCCUGGGAGAUGGCUCAUUCAUGACAAGGCAAGAGUCAGGAACAAGUUCCCCACCUUUCGCACAGGGAUGGAGGUGUCACUGGUAGGGCAAGGGAUAAGAGCUGGCGGGUUUUCGGGGGAGAAAUGGUCCUUAAGCAAGUUUUUCCUCUAGCCCAUGGGUAGGCAAACUAAGGGAUCCGGCCCAAUCGCCUUCUAAAUCCAGCCCGCGGAGGGUCCGGGAAUCAGCAUGUUUUUACAUGAGUAGAAUGUGUGCUUUUAUUUUAAAUGCAUCUCUGGGUUAUUUGUGGGGCAUAGGAAUUCGUUCAUUUAUUUUUUCAAAAUAUAGUCUGGCUCCCCCACAAGGUGUGAGGGACAGUGGACUGGCCCCCUGCUGAAAAAGUUUGCUGACCCCUGCUCUAGCCUUAUAGUGAAUAUCCACUGCUAGGGUUUUUUUUGCCAUAUUACGUUUUGCAGCAAGGCUAUCUAUGAGGCUGUCCACCUGGUGGGCCUGGUGGGGAUUGUAUUCUCUGGGACGGCUGCUUUAAACCUGCUGUGUCUCCUUCUCAGUCCACAGAGGAUUGGGAAGCUGUCGUCAGCGUCAGCUCGCGGGCGUUACCCAUGAGCCCUCGCUGCGGCAACGUGCUGCCCUCGGAGCAGAUGUAUCGGGAAAGCCUGCCCCAUAGUUCCAGGUAAGAAUGAGAGGAGGAGGGGGAGGAGAAGCAGCCCCACUGGGCACAGUGUGGGGAGGGAGCUUCCUUGACUCAAGAGAGACCCACAGCAUGUCAGUGAGAAGUUUUAUUGGAAAUCAAGUCCUCAUGGAUUAUGUCCUCUUUUUUUAAAAAAAAUCAAUUCCAAAUUGUUUACCACACUGGAGUCUGCUAUUGCUGAUUUUUAUUACAUGUCUCGAGUCACUAAUAACCACUUCAGGUUCUUGGGUUAAAAAAUAAUGUGUGGCUGACAGCCUAAAAUGGGUUUGGCCAAUUACUGUAUUCUCUGCAGUCACUUUGUUCCCAGAACAGGAGCCAGGAGCCAGAAGUGUAUUUUGCUUUGCAGCUUGCUUGGCCUUUUCCUUGAAAAUGUAACAUGAGCGGCUAGAUAAAAUUGCAUAUGCAGGUGUGUGUAUGUAUCUAUAUUAUCUGUUAGCAGACUUAUAAAGAGUUUUAUCUGCAGGUGUUUGCUUUUCCUACAGGCCCGCAAACAGUGAAGAUUUACUCUUCUGCACAGACACAAAACGGGACGCGGGUGGCGCUGUGGGUUAAACCACAGAGCCUAGGACUUGCCGAUCAGAAGGUCGGCGGUUCGAAUCCCCACGACCGGGUGAGCUCCCGUUGCUCGGUCCCUGCUCCUGCCAACCUAGCAGUUCGAAAGCACAUCCAAGUGCAAGUAGAUAAAUAGGUACCACUCCGGCGGGAAGGUAAACGGCGUUUCCGUGCGCUGCUCUGGUUUGCCAGAAGCGGCUUAGUCAUGCUGGCCACCUGACCCGGAAGCUGUACGCCGGCUCCCUCGGCCAAUAAAGCGAGAUGAGCGCCGCAACCCCAGAGUCGGUCACAAAAGGACCUAAUGGUCAGGGGUCCCUUUACAGACACAAAUCACACACAAAAAUUACAAAACACUUCCCAGCACCAGUGCAAGUAGACUUGUACUUUCUACGUUACAGCUGUAAGAAAUAAAUCAUGCUUAUUGUUUCAACAUCCUGAUUGUUGCAGGCAGCGCUUUGGCACAACUGACGGAGCACGUGGUUUUUCUGUUAUCUGAGUAUUUGCUGAUGGAUUGACUGAGUCUUUACCAUAAUUAACUGGAGAGCUUAUGGGUUUGUGGUUAGGAAAUAGUUGGUAUUUUGGUUUGGCUAUGGGCCCUCUACACGUACUGGUGGCUUUUGGUACUACAAGAUGUAACAGAAACAGCACAAUCAACUGUUCCCUUCUCUGAUCUCACUCCAAGCUUCUUACGCUGGUGUUUCCUUUUUGGAGCCUGUUAUUGUCUGUCUAUUUGUAUUACAUCAUUAUAACUAAUAACCAGUUUCAUUCCCGUAAGUGUAACAACUAGUAUUUGCAGGGAUCUUACUAAUCACCAGUUCCAUUCCCGCAAGUACAUAGCAUGUUGUAUUUGGGGGAUCUGACCGUUUUAUGUAGGAUUUCCUAUCCUCCGGCUUUUCAGUGUUUUUUGUUUUGUUUAAUUUUUUUGUCAUGUUAUUAUUUCUUCUAACUUUGCCGCUCUUUGUUUUGUAUUAUCUGUAGAGAGGUAUACCCAGUUUUUCAAAGUGCUGUAUUUUUUGCUCUAUAAGACUCACUUUUUCCCUCCCAAAAAGUAAGGGGAAAUGUGUGUGCUUCUUAUGGAGCGAAUGCAGGCUGCGCAGCUAUCCCAGAAGCCAGAACAGCAAGAGGGAUUGCUGCUUUCACUGCGCAGCGAUCCCUCUUGCUGUUCUGGCUUCUGAGAUUCGGAAUAUAUUUUUUUCUUGUUUUCCUCCUCAAAAACUAGGUGCGUCUUGUGGUCUGGUGCGUCUUAUAGAGCAAAAAAUAUGGUACAUCCUUCUCUUGUCUCAGGCAUUUGUGGAAUGGGUUUUCAGGUGUGAUGGGCUUGUGAGGGUAUGGAUUAUGUGAGGUCAUUGCACUGCAAAAAAACAACAACCCUACCCUAUUGUUGUGUACUAUAUUCAAGUAUAUCUAAGUGUCCCAGUGAAGAGGGGACAUUUUCCAUAAAAAAUAGCAUUAGUUCUCAGCUGCUCAGUUGGAACACAAAAAGUCCCAUGGAACCUAGAGACUAACUAGUCGAUUGACACUAGCAAUUGUGUAUCAGAUUUAUAAUGAACAGACAAUUGUAUAUUACAAUUAUUUGGGGGUAGACGGGAGAUACUUUAUGUAUGCUCCGGAAAUCAUAUCCUUUGUGUGGUUAGCCCAGGAAGGGAGGGGCAAAAUGCACAGCUAGAAAAUUUUAAAUGGCUGACACAAUCUUUGAGUUUGAACAAACAACCUGUUAACUGCACGUUCGUUCUGAUUUGUUUGUGAGGAAGGUGAUGCUGUGUCAGGCAAAUAUUAUCCCACACUUUCCAGAGCAUUUUCCCUGUUACUUUUAAUAUCACAAAAGUCUGGGGUUGUUUUUGAAGGAGAGAGGGGAAGCUAGUUUGUUGCACAAGAGCUCCAAAUUAACUUUAAUUGUGAAACCUGAAUUUGCCAGUAUGUGAUUGAAUCCUACCUCAAAAUAGCCACAGCCUGGAAGCACCUUCUUUUUUUUUUUGUGAGGGGGGAGAGCAGAUGGUUGCCCUCCAUGAUUCUUCGGUUACAGGUAAGAUGGAAACCUUCCCUUUGGGCUGUAGUCCAUCUCUGGGUAAAAACUAGUUUUAUGGAACCUGUUAAGUUGUGGGUGAACAUAUCAGACGACACAGCGAUUCUUCAAACAGCUCUUGUUUACUCACAGGCCAGAACAGAACUGAACUGAAGGGUUCAGCCAGCCUGCUUAUAUAGAGCUCCACUACAACGCAACAGUAACCACUUUCUGUAACUAUCCAAUCACUGAACGUCACUUUCGAUCCCUUAUUUGCAUAUGUGGACCUGAGUGAAAACUAUCUACAGUAUCCCCCUCCUGGCCCAGGGUGAAAACUUCAGUACAUAACAGAACCUAUUCCACCUUCCCCUGAUCCACACUUCUUCCAUAGCUCUUAGUGGGGUGCAGAAGGCAUUUGUGCUGCCGUUCUCAACACAUCCCUUACGUGUAGCGAUUAGAGGGCUAGACAAGGGUUAGGGCGACCCAGUCUCAAAUCUCCACUCAGGCCACAAUCUCACUGAGUGGCCUACCUUGUAGGGAGGCUGUGAUCAUAACAUGGAGGGCAGGACCAAUGUACACGGCUCUGAGCUCUCUAGAGGAAGGCUGGGAUAAGACGUUAACAAAUAGGCGAACGAAUUAUGGCGAGAGACGAACUUCUUAUCUGACAGGCCUGUGCAAUUUCAGAACCUCAGUAUCUGUUUCUUUCUGGGGCCGCCACAUUUGUAUUCUAGCAGCCCUAUUGGGGGAGUGAGGGGGAAGCAAGAAAACAAAAAACCCUCAGCCCCCAAAUCUGAAAGGCUACUCCUCAUCCACCCCUUUUCAAGAUCCCCUUUCAUCUUCUUUGAAAUUUGUUCUCCCUCUUUGCUAAUGGUUCGGAACAUUUCCUGGGUUUUAAAAAGAAAAGGAAGGAAGGAAGGAAAUGGGGCAUACAAGUGUUUCCCCUGAAGCAGUUUGAUGGUUUGAAUCAUUGCCACCCUCUUUUAUCGCUGGCAGGCAGGUUGGUGAAAUGAAAGAAGCGGCUCUCAUUGUUCCCUCAGAAAAAGAUUAUCUAAGGCAGCGGAACAAAGCAGACCCACUGCAGCCUGCAGGCAAAGGGUCCCCGCCCCCUCCCGACAGCUAUUAGAGGUUGGCUGGUUAUUGUUACGCCCUGGCAGAGACAGUUAUUCAGGUUCAGAUAAUAAGAUGAGGUAAAAUUUAUAAUUUAGACUCGUGGCAGAGGCAGAGAGCACACAAAAAACCUCAAAAGCCUUGCCAAUAUUUUUUAAAGAAUGGCACAAAGCAGGACUCUAUAAACAAGAUAUUGGGGGUGGCGGGGGUGGCAGAGAAAUCCCGCAUAUUAGAGAAUGGUAUAAUGCCCACUUUGAUUAAAAUGACCAAGAUACUAUGGGUUAAAUAUGGGGAAAAGAAGAUAAAUUUGAAUGAGGCUAGUGAAAGUUUAAGGAACUUCAGAGCAGUAAGCAGGGGGAAAGUAAUUAUAAGCCUUUUACAAUAUCAUGGCUAAGUAGGGUUUCAUUCAAAGGGGCCCACCUCAUCGGUAAUGAUAACUAUCAGAGGCUCGAAUGAGCAUCAUUGCAUGUUUUGUUGCUUUAUUUAAUUAUUAUUCCAUUAUUAUUAUUGGGCUUGCCAUAACUGUUAAGAAAGGGGUUUGCUUGGGAAAGAAUUUGUUGUUAGGUUAUUAUUUUGUAUUGUUGUUUUUGGAGGAGGCAGGCUUUUUUCAGAGGGCAGAACCUCAGAUUCGAAUUGAUUUUUAGAAGAGAAGAAGAAGAGUUUGGAUUUGAUAUCCCGCCUUUCACUCCCCUUCAGGAGUCUCAAAGCGGCUAACAUUCUCCUUUCCCUUCCUCCCCCACAACAAACACUCUGUGAGGUGAGUGGGGCUGAGAGGCUUCAGAGAAGUGUGACUGGCCCAAGGUCACCCAGCAGCUGCAUUUGGAGGAGCGGAGACGCGAACCCGGUUCCCCAGAUUAGGAGACUACCGCUCUUAACCACUACACCACACUGGCUCUCUCUUUUAUUGAUUUGGGGGGGUACAGCUACCCCUCGCCCCCUCUUGGCUAGGCCCAUGAGUUGUUCUUUAAUAUAUUUUUUUAAGAAUUGCACCAACAGUUGUCUCAGUAAGCAACCCACUCUGUAACUAACUUCUAACUUCUAAUAUUAUAUAUAGAGGACUUUUAAUUUAUAUACAUAGUGAGGCUAUAAAUAACAGCCACCAGCCCCUCUCUUCAUCUUGUGUUUUGCUUCUCUUUCAUUUCCCUUCUCCGACUUUCCUCUCUCCUUCCUUGAUCUGCCAACUGCCUCUCUAGUCCCCUCUAAUGGCGCAGGAAUGCUGCUGUCAGUCUCUUCUGAAGGGCUAAGGCAGCCUGCACCAAUCUAGUGCCUUCCAGAUUGGACUACAGCUCCCAUCAUCCUCAGCCAGUAUCCUUGUCAUGGCUGGGGGCGAUGAGAUUCUGUUAUGCAUGCUAAACGGCCUCGGCCCAGUACAGUGGUACCUCAGGUUACAUACGCUUCAGGUUACAUACGCUUCAGGUUACAGACUCCGCUAACCCAGAAAUAGUGCUUCAGGUUAAGAACUUUGCUUCAGGAUGAGAACAGAAAUCGUGGUCCGGCGGCGUGGCGGCAGCAGGAGGCCCCAUUAGCUAAAGUGGUGCUUCAGGUUAAGAACAGUUUCAGGUUAAGAACAGACCUCUGGAAUGAAUUAAGUACUUAACCUGAGGUACCACUGUAUACCUGAAGUUCUAUGGUGGUGCUGGUGGGGGGAAGUGUGAUGCAAAUGUACUGUGUCUCGGCCCACAUACCAGAAGGAACAUCUCCACCCCCAUUGUUCAGCCCGGACACAGAGGUCCAGCACCAAGGGCCUUCUGGUGGUUCCCUCACUACGAGAAGCCAAGUUACAGGGAACCAGGCAGAGGGCCUUCUCGGUAGUGGCGCCCUCCCUGUGGAACGCCCUUCCAUCAGAUGUCAAAGAGAUAAACAACUACCUGACAUUCAGAAGACAUCUUAAGGCAGCCCUGUUUAGGGAAGUUUUUAAUGACUGAUGCUUUAAUGUAUUUUUAAUCUCUGUUGGAAGCCACCCAGAGUGGCUGGGGAAACCCAGCCAGAUGGGUGGGAUACAAAUAAUAAAUGAUGGUGAUGAUGAUAUGGAUGUGGGCCUCAGAUGUGAUCCAGGCACAAUUUUCAUGGCAGAGGCUGGUGGAUGUGCCAGGUCCGCAGCAUCAAACUUUGAAAGUGAGCCACAUUUUUCUCCUCAAGGCAGCUGAGAACGAUCCCAGCAACCCUCUCCAAGUCUGCAAACACCUGCAUUUUAUGAGCUGGGUUCCUCAACCCUCUUGCGCCUAGUCUUACCCCUUGUGUGUUCUCCGCCUUUCCCCGUCUCUCACCUUUGUCUUCCAGGUAUGUGCUCCUGCCACGGCCCUUCUGUUUCGAGCCCAGGAACCAUUAUGAGAUCACCGUGCGAUUCCAGCGGGCAGGGGUGGCACAGCGCCAUCCUGCAGCCUUCAUCCUCGUUGACUCGGUGAGAAAGAACCAGGUUUUAAAUCUUCAAACGCACACACUCAAAAAACAGUGACAUGCCAAUGUCCAGCCCCACUCAAGCAAACGAGAUUCUGCAGAAGCUGCCAGAGUCUUUCUGGGAAUGCGUCUCAGCACCUUCUGAGGUAGAUUUCUGGACCUGCUACACACGUUCCCAGUUAGCAAGUCCCCUCUUGUGUGCUACAUAAGCAGCUGAGCCAACUUCAGUCCUUGUCCCAACCAGGCCAGACUUUUCCUGACGUGUCUCCCUCCUUGCUAUAGCUGGUUCUUCUGCCCCGUGUGACGGAGCUGCCCGGGCUCCAUGGUAGCAGUCCUGCAGCAGUGGAGCGCCGGGAAGCGUUGGAGCGCUAUACCUGCCUAGAGGUUUUCCGCAUGGCCACCAUGCCCGACCUGGCUGAGACCUGUGCCCGCCUGCUGUGCAGCAUCUCUGCCCUGAUGCAUGAUGGGGCUAUGCGUGAGUGAUUCUUUCUUACACCUGAGAAAGAAAGCCACUUUGCAUACUUUUCUCUAGUCUCUACCAUUGUGUUUGUUCGUGUGUGUGUGUGUGUGUGUGUGCUGGUGGUUGCCAUUUCCACCAACACACAAAGUCCUGGAAUGAUGCAUGGUCUCGGGUACGGGGGGGGGGGAAUGCAAAAUGGCGGACAGGUUGUUCAUGUUGUUGUUGCUGCUGCUGCUGCUACUUAAAGGUAAAGGUAAAAGGACCCCUGACCGUUAGGUCCAGUCGCAGACGACUCUGGGAUUGCGGCGCUCAUCUUGCUCUGUUGGCUGAGGGAGCCGACGUACAGCUUCUGCGUCAUGUGGCCAGCAUGACUAAGCCGCUUCUGGCGAACCAGAGCAGUGCACAGAAACGCCAUUUACCUUCCCGCCGGAGCGGUACCUAUUUAUCUACUUGCACGUUAACGCGCUUUCGAACUGCUAGGUUGGCAGGAGCAGGGACCGAGCUCACCCCGUUGCGGGGAUUUGAACCACUGACCUUCUGAUCGGCAAGCCCUAGGCUCUGUGGUUUAGACCACAGUGCAGCACUCUUAAAGCAACUUAAGAAAAAAGGAAGCAGCUGUGCUGCUGCUAAUGGUGAGCCCCACCUGCAAUAAAUUGUUGAAUAAUUUAUCCUCCCUUUGGGAAAAAAAUAAUAAUGAUGAAAUAGUCCCAUUUCUCUGCCCACAGAUUUUGAAAGGCUGCUACUGCAUAGCUGCAAGGGACGCGGGUGGCGCUUUGGGUUGAACCACAGAGCCUAGGGCUGCUCUGGUUCGGCCAAUAAAGCGAGAUGAGCGCCGCAACCCCAGAGUCGGCCACGACUGGACCUAAUGGUUAGGGGUCCCUUUACCUUUACCUUACUGCAUAGCUGCAGCCUUCUUGAACUAGGUGGUUCAGUUUACUGCCAGGGCCUAGGACGAUGGUUUGUAGAAGGGCUCAAUGGCUGAGCGUCUGCUUUACACGCAGAAGAUCCCAGAUUCAAUCUCCAGCAUUUGCCAGCCAGUGUAGACAGCACUGAGCUAGAUGAACCAAUGGUCUGACUCACUGUAAGGCAGCCUUCUAUGUUCCUAAGCUGCGGCUGUGGAAAUUAAAGGCCCAAAUGUUGGUGAGGUGCUGCCUAGAAUCAGCAAACCCAGCGUUGGUAGGGAGAGGAGAGUUCCUCCGGUUUAACUCACCUUUAUGUAAAAAGACUGGGGAAACAUGAGAAGAGGAAUCUACGGUUCAGAGGUAAACAACUCCCCCCCCCCAAAAAAAAAAUUCUGCAGUGGGAAUUGUGCAGCGCAUCUGUUUUACAAGCUUUUAGCACCGUCGUGAAAUAUUUCCAGGUAUCUCUGACUACAAUGGGGCAUAGAAACAUGCUAAUUUUAAAGAUAACAAAAACCGAGGUUCUCAGGAUUUGGGUGGCAUCUGUCUGUCUGAUGGAUGUUCUAGACUGUAACCUGCACGAUUUUGCCACCUGCGGCCUCACCCUAUGAACUUGUAUAUUGCAUUUUACCACAUUACUACAAGCAGGAAUAUUCCUCUUUUGCUCGUGUGUAUACGCUCUAGAGUAAUGUGCUUGUGUUCAGUGUGUUGGAGCGCAUCUCCACUUGUCCCUCUCCCCAGUCUCCUUGGCAUUGGGGUGGGGAGGUGAGGGCCUCUCGUCUUUCCCCCGCCUCGCUUACUUCCCUAACCGUUGUGGUUUCUUCCGCCUUCAGCCUGCCAGUGUGAUCCCCAGGGCUCCACCAGCAGUGUUUGCCACAAACUGGGAGGGCAAUGCCAGUGUAAGCCCAGCGUGAUGGGUCAGCGCUGUGACCAGUGUGUCCCGGGCACCUACGGAUUCGGACCCUAUGGCUGCAGCCGUGAGUAAUCAAGGCAGGGCCUGCAUGUACUGCCUCCCUCAUGGUCAUCCUUGUCUUUUCCUCAACUGUUGAUUAAGCCUAGUUUUCACUGAGAGUGGAGGGAAAAAACCUGUGGCUGGGCUAUAUUACCAUAGUUGUCAACUUUCAGAUUUGAAAAUAAGGGAUCAGCAGCCUCGAAAAUAAGGGAUCAGCAGCCUCACCUGUCCCGGGGACAGUCUAUGGGAUAUCUAACAACGCGGGAUAGCAGUGGAAAGCAGCCGGAAAAGGUGCUGGAAUAAGGGAAUUUCCUGCCAAAAAAGGGAAGGUUGACAGAUAUGUAUAUUACUGAUCCUCAGAGUAGCAAAUGGGAUCCUGACACAGGGGGGAAGGAGAUCCCGCUCUGACUAGGCGCCACCCAGAGAUGGCACCCCUGAGUUAGAUCCCCUUGAGGAACCAGCUACCUUUACAAAAGCAGUUUCAGCUCCCCAGUGACCAAGUGCUAAGCUCCAGAACAGAUUCUCUGUGGCUUGAGAGGCCCCAUCCAGUCAUAGAGGCCUCAGUUGAGCAACAGAACUGGACUGGAGCAGAUUGUCUUCUUUGGGAUUAUCGUUAUUAUAUAUUUAGGUAUUAUUCAAGCUCCUACAACUCCAGGCAGUGGUUAAACCUGACUAACCUAAGCCACAUCCAAGCCAUACAUCUAUGAUACCACUUUUAAGCAGUCACGACUUCCCCCAAAGAAUUGUGGGAAAUGUAGUUUUGUUAAGGCUGCUGAGAGUUGUGAGGAGACCCUCCCUAUUUCCCUCACAGAGGGAAUUGUCCUUGAUCUUUGAACCACUCUGGGAAUUGGAGCUCCAUGAGGGGAAUGGAGCUGGGGGUCUCCUCACAACUCUCAGCACCCAUAACAAACUACAGCUCCCAUGAUUCUUUAACGGAAGGCAGGAAUGUUUAUCAAGGUGCUUCAAAAGCAUGGUGUGAAUUUGAGUCACUUUCUGACCUUAAUGUAUAGUCCCUUCAAAAAAGGAGAACCUCUUCAGAUUGGGAUGAGGAGAUGGGAUUAAGUAACCAUCUUCAUAUUUUAUUUUUAUUUAUUUAUUUAUUUAUUUAUUAUUAUUAUUAUUAUUAUUAUUAUUAUUGUCCCAACUUUUCUCCAAGGAGCUCAGGGCGGCCUGCAUGGUUCUCUUUUCCUAACAGCCACCCUGUGAGGUAGAUAUUUCUGAAGGGGCAGCCUUGUCUUAUUAGUCUCUUGCAGCAGAAACAAUCAAAGGCCUUCUCCAGUACCUAGAAAUUGUUAAUCUUUAAGUUGCCACAAUACUUUAGUGUUUUUACCCCUGGGUCUGUGUGAAGAUUUGAACCCAGGGCUUCUGGGUCCUAGGUCAAUAUGACCACAGCUAGACCCACUUAACGUUGCUGCCACCCACCCCUAUUAUCCUUUCAGCCUGGGUGGUUACUACUAGAGGUUAAGGAGCUGUGUUUUGGGAGAGCUUCCUGUCUUGUGGAUUUGGCAAUAGCUGCCACGUUGAACUCUCUGAAAAUACCCUGUGCCAGGAAAUUGGGCGCAAUCUCCAUAUUAGGGACUUUCCAGAGAACUGUGCCAUAAUUUCUAAUGCUUAAUGCGCCCUCACCUGUCACGCUGAAAGCAUUGGCCCUUGUCCCCACAGCCUGUGCCUGUUCCCCCGAAGGCUCAGUCUCCAGGAUCUGCGAACCAGUAAGCGGGCAGUGCCGGUGCCAACAUGGUGCCAUCGGACGCCAGUGCGACCAGUGCCCACCAGGCCAGUGGGGCUUCCCGACUUGCCGGCCUUGCCACUGCAACGGGCACUCGGAGGAGUGCGACUUGCACACGGGGGCCUGCCUCCGGUGCCGCGAUUACACGGCUGGCCGCCAUUGUGAGAGGUACGCAUGUGGGAUUCGUGGGAAAAUGUGACGGGAUCCCAACUGCAAUAAAAUGUUGCAGUGUGGAGGGCUGAGUUCGUUAUGGCUGGGGGGCUCUGGAUUGGAAAAUGGGAUGGAGGGGGUGGACAAGCAUCGACUGACAGAGUCCCUUUCCUUCGGAAGAUUGGUGCUGGUAUUUGACAAGAAACACUAAAUAUUCCCCUUAUUGAAGUGUUUCAUUGCAGCAGGUUGGAAAAAAGACGACAGUCUUUUUUUGUCAGAGUCAAACAGCCCCUCUUCCCACAUUUUUCCAUCUCAAACAUGGAUGUUCUGCCCAGACACACACACACAAACACACACACAGAGAGAGAAAGAAAGAAAGAGGCAGAGGGGACAUACCUUUUUUUCUGAAUCAGGCAGCGCAGCUUGGCCCCCUGAUACCAGCCUUCAAGGAAAAGAUUAGAGCAGGCACUCUUAGCUUGUUUUAUGAGGAAACAGGGAGAUUCCACCGGAAGAUUACUGGAGGAGAGAGACACUGCGAGAAGCAUUGGAAAGAGGCUAAACUGUGGGAUGGAGCGUCAGAUUAUACUAAUAAGGCUUAUACUGGGGCAAAACCAGCUGUGAUGAAGAGUGGCCAGGAAGAACGGGUGAUAAUUUGACAUAAGAGGUGCAUAUUUUUAGGACCCACCCUACUUUUGUGGUUGUAAGUAGUUUUGAAUUGUUUUUAAUAUUGUGUUUUUAAUUGCUGGGCAUUAGGAUGAAGGGCAUUUAAUAAAUUACUACUAACAACCACCGCCACCUAAGGUUGCCCUUACUGCCUCUGUUCUCCUUUUUUUACCCCAUCACAGGUGCUUGGAUGGUUACUAUGGAGACCCCGUCUUGGGCUCAGGGCAACAGUGCCGUCCCUGCCCUUGCCCUGGGUAUCCAGGGUCUCGGCACUAUCACGGCAUCUCCUGCCAUACCGACAGGGAAACCAAUCAGAUUGUUUGCCUUUGUGCUCCUGGCUAUACAGGUAAGGCGUAUCGAAAGGGCAAGGGAUGCGGUUAUAUAAGUUGCCAUUUUGAGAACACAGCCUCUGCAAGACUGUCCUCUAGCACACCUCCACCACCCUUUCAGAUUGCCGCUGUGCUCCAUGAAGGGCCGUGACUCAAUUGCACAGCAUCUUCUUUGCAUGCAGAAGGUCCCGGGUUCGACCCCUGACAUUUCCACGUAGGGCUGUGAAACACCCCUGCCUGAAACUCUGCAGAACUUCUGCCAGUCAGAGUAAACAGUACUGAGCUAGACAGACUAAUGCGCUGACUCAGUCUUAUUAUCCUGCUAUUAAUGACCUGUUCAACCAAUGACUUACAGAAAAAAGAACACCCACCACCCAGGGGUCAUAAUCUGCUAGAUCAGCAGUUCUCAGCCUGUGGGUCCCCAGAUGUUGUUGGACUGCAACUCCCAUCAUCCGUGAGCUCUGGCCUUGCUAGCUAGGGGUGAUGGGAGUUGUAGUCCAACAACAUCUGGGGACCCAUAGGUUGAGAAAGGCUGUGCUAGAUGAUGGGCAUUCCACAUGUUAGGCUGGUGGCACAACCAGCAAAUUUACCGAGUCCCUGAUAGGCUUUCAUAUUUGUGACUAGUUGACUGCAUUCAGCUUGGUGGGUUGUAAGUUGUGCAGGCCUGCCCUGCAGCCUGGUUCGAUCUCCCCUUCUCUUGAUUCUCUGCACAUGUAAACACAUGCACCACUGAGCCCCUGAACCUAACUAGCAGUACAGUAUUCCUUCUUGCCUUGAAUUCUAGCAUCUCCAUGGCCCUGCCCUUCCCAGACCCACCUCUACCCUUUACCAGAAACACAACAGAAUUGGUUGAUUGUGAAGAGGUACACAAAAGGAGGUGAAGGAGCUCCCAAUUUUUCUGACCUGGCAACAACCUUUCUAGUUGUCAUGAUAAAAGUCAGUGAAAACAGUUCAACAGAGUUCCACUUCCCAUUGGGCCAUAGUGAGAAAAGAGGAGAAACGGCCACCACUAAGUAAUUGUGUGUUCUGUAGGAAUGGAUUUAGGCAGUAGGAGAGGAUAUAUUGUUUAGUUACUGCCCUUCCUUGCUCAUGUGAGUGAAAUCAGCAGAGUGCCAUCGUUUGCUGAAACAAGGUUGAUUUAACCUUCUAGAAACAAUAAUCCAGAAUGCUUUAAGGAAUACUGUCGCCCCUUUUCUUCCCCUUAAAAACAACAACCACACAUGGUUUUGUGAAGAAAUAAAAGUAUUGUAUACUUACAUAAUCCAGCUCUUGAAGCAGCAGGUACAGAAGCAAAAUGAAGGCAGGUUUAUAACUACGAUCUAAGUCACAAAAGUACAAAAUGCAAGUUCAGAAAUGGUGUCUGAGCUGCAGAGCUCAGACACAUACGUUUGGUCAGCUUGGAAGCGUGGCGAGGAAAGAACGGGCUGCCCAGGCAGGAAGGAAAUAUGUAGGGCUGCAGCUUCCUGCCAAGGUAAACAAAGGAAGUGAUCUCACCGAGUUCUCUCUCGCAAAAGCCCUGCCAGCCACAACCCCUUCGUGUGCCCAUCUAGAAAAGAGUGUAUUGUUGGUUUGACUGCAGUGAUGGUCUGCAUGUCCUGCUCCCACCCCUCAAUAACGCCCCAUGUCUCUGGCAGGACCACGGUGUGACCACUGCUCGCCCGGCUAUUUUGGAGCCCCUGAGCAGGAAGGUGGAGCCUGCCGCCCCUGCCAGUGCAACAACAACAUUGACCCCAGCGACCCCGAAGCCUGUGAUCCACAUAGCGGCCAAUGCCUUCACUGCCUUUACCAUACCGGCGGGCCCCACUGUUCUGAGUGCCAGCCUGGCUACUACGGCAAUGCCUUCCAGCGUAGCUGCCGACGUGAGUAGGGUGGCCGGGCCUGGAUUGUGAGGAUGACUGGGAGGAACUUGUGAUUUGAGAAUGAGAAGUGGUGUUUGGCAGGCUUUGUUGUGGCUGGAGGAGCCCAUGCAGGCUAGAGGAAGGAGGGUAUGGCAGGCUUGAGUAGAUCUGUAGUCCAUGGAACAGAGAGAGCCAGUGUGGUGUAGUGGUUAAGAGCGGUAGUCUCGUAAUCUGGGGAACCGGGUUCGCUUCCCCGCUCCUCCACAUGCAGCUGCUGGGUGACCUUGGGCCAGUCACACUUCUGUGAAGUCUCUCAGCCCCACUCACCUCACAGUGUGUUUGUUGAGCGGGAGGAAGGGAAAGGAGAAUGUUAGCCGCUUUGAGACUCCUUAAAGUGAGUGAAAGGCAGGAUAUCAAAUCCAAACUCUUCUUCUUCUUCUUCAUUAGGUAGAGUGAGGUGGUCACUUUAGGUGGUAGUGAAGAAAGCAGCAGCAAGAUGCUGGAGAACAGAGAACAAAUAAGAGUUUGCUAGUGAAGAUGAGCAGGGUUGAUGGAAAUUGAAAAUGUUAUUCUUUGAAGGAGAACUACCUGGAAAUGAUUUACAGGUGGUAUUUAACACUGAGUAGGCUUGCUAAAAUGUAUAAGACUGAAUCUGAUAAGUGCUGGAGAUGCAAAGAGGUUGAGGGAACGUUCUUUCACAUGUGGUGGGCUUGUAAAAGGGUAAAAGAGUACUGGGAAAUAUUCCAUAAUGAAUUGAAAAAAUGUUUAAAAGUACUUUCCCCUAAAAAACCAGAGUCCUUUUUGUUGGGGAUAAUUCAGACUGAAAUUUCCAAGGUUAUUUAUGUAUGCUACUACAGAGGGACACGGGUGGCGCUGUGGGUUAAACCACAGAGCCUAGGACUUGCCGAUCAGCAGCUCAGCGGUUCGAAUCCCUGCGACAGGGUGAGCUCCCGUUGCUCGGUCCCUGCGCCUGCCAACCUAGCAGUUCUAAAGCACGUCAAAGUGCAAGUAGAUAAAUAGGUACUGCUCCGGCAGGAAGGUAACCGGUGUUUCCAUGCGCUGCUCUGGUUAGCCAGAAGCGGCUUAGUCAUGCUAGCCACAUGACACGGAAAAACUGUCUGUGGACAAACGCUGGCUCCCUUAGCCAGUAAAGCAAGAUGAGCGCCACAACCCCAGAGUCGUCCGCCACUGGACCUAAUGGUCAGGGGUCCCUUUACCUGACCACUGUGGUAAAGGGACCCCUGACUGUGGCCUGUGUUUCGUUAGCCCAAAAAUGGAAAACGAGCGAGGUCCUAACUAAAGAAGAAUGGCAAAUUAAGCUGACAGAAUAUGCGCAGCUUGCAGACUUAACGUGUAGAAUAAGAGAACAAUAAGAAUAUACGUUUAGAGAAGACGGGGAAACAUUGAUUGAAUGUAUGGGGGGAAAUUGUGUACAUUUGAAAACGCUGGCAGCAUUCAGAUAAAUUCUCUUUUCCCAAGGCUGUACCUGCAACGAACAGGGCACGCUGCCCUCGCACUGCUCCAAAGGCAUCUGCCACUGCGAUCGAACUACAGGCAAUUGCCCCUGCCGCCCCAACAUCGUAGAUAAGAACUGUGACAGGUGCGCCCCCAACUUCUGGGGCUUCGGCAGUGACGUGGGGUGUCAGCCGUGCAACUGUGACCCUGCCCAUUCGUUACGGUCAGACUGCAACAUGGUAAAGUGGCCGAGCGCUCGAGAGCGUUUGCCUAAGAGGGGGAGGAACCUGGGCGGCUUGUGCACCAGCGUUCCAGCCCUACUACCACCGCCUCACCUUUCUCUUCCUUCAGUUCACAGGGCAAUGCCACUGCCAGCCGGGCUUUGGGGGCCGUGUUUGUUCCCACUGUCAAGAGGAUCACUGGGGAGACCCGGAACGGGAAUGUCUAGGUGAGUUCAAGUGCACAGUGCAAGCGAGAAUCUUCCGCUCCAAACAUUGUGCGUGGGCGCUGCAUUGUGAGGUCAGGUGAUUGACAGAUGGCUAACACCACCCACCUGUCAAAUUUGGCCCAUGAGGGUUAGGAGAUCUGGAUGAGUUUCCCCACCUCCUGGCAUUCCAAGCUCAGGUUCUCUGACAAUGCCUUACUUGAGCACCCUGUGCUUCUCUGCUAAUGGUGGUUGCCCCAAUAUUGUUGGCCCUAAAGAAAUGCCUCCCCUGGUCUAUUGACUGGUAGGCAACUGUGCAAGCUGAUCUUUCUUUGCAAGUGAGUUAUCGGAUAACCGCUGCUUUUGCCAAGUCUUCCCACAAAAACACAUGUGGGCUGUGUAUCUUUAGCAUAUUGAACUAUUAUGAUUAUGAUUAUUAUGACGCGGUUGGCGCUGUGGGUUAAACCACAGAGCCUAGGACUUGCUGAUCAGAAGGUCGGCGGUUCGAAUCCCUGCGACGGGGUGAGCUCCCGUUGCUCGGUCCCUGCUCCUGCUCACUUAGCAGUUCGAAAGCACGUCAAAGUGCAAGUAGAUAAAUAGGUACCGCUUCGGCGGGAAGGUAAACGGCGUUUCCGUGGGCUGCUCUGGUUUGCCAGAAGCGGCUUAGUCAUGCUGGCCACGUGACCCGGAAGCUGUACACCAGCUCCCUCGGCCAAUAAAGUGAGAUGAGCGCCACAACCCCAAAGUCGGCCACGACUGGACCUAAUGGUCAGGGGUCCCUUUACCUUUACCUUAUGGGAUAACCGCUGCUUUUGCCCGUCUUCCCACAAAAACACACGUGGGCUGUGUAUCUUUAGCAUAUUGAACUAUUACGAUUGCUGUGUUGUUUUAGAGUGAUGGUUCUAUCGUGUGUGUGUGUUUUAAACAUCUUUAUCAAAAGUUCAAAACGUACAUAAUUAUAUGUGCACUAAACAUGGUGAGACAUAAACAAAAGAGAGAGAAAGAAAAAGAGAAACAGAACCCGUGUAGAAGGGGAAAUAAAGGGGGGGAGGGCAAAAACCCUCAAAACUGUAUACUUUACAAGCUUGUUAUUGUACUUCACCAGAUCUUAACCUAUUACAGUAUUUGUAAGAAUGGAUUCCAAAUAUCAUUGAAUUUGUCCAUGGCAAGUCUGCGUUUAUAUGCAAGUUGUUCAUAUGUUGCGAGUUUAUAGAAGUCUUCAAUCCAAUUGUAGAAUAUAAUAAUAAUAAUAAUAAUAAUAAUAAUAAUAAUAAUAAUAAAUUAUUUAUACCCCGCCCUCCCCAGCCAGAGCUGGGCUCAGGGCGGCUAACACCAAUAAAAUCACAUUAGGGAGCCGCGUUGUUAUUUUUAUAGUUUAUCAGUAUCAGUCUUUUUGCUGUGGUAAGGGCACGGAGAGUCCACUCAUACUGUGUUUCUGUAAUGUUUUGUAAGGUGUGUUUUAAUGGUGCGUGCUUAUACAGUGGUACCUUGGGUUAAGUACUUAGUUCGUUCCGGAGGUCCGUUCUUAACCUGAAACUGUGCUUAACCUGAAGCACCACUUUAGCUAAUGGGGCCUCCUGCUGCCGCCGGAGCCCGAUUUCUGUUCUUAUCCUGAAGCAAAGUUCUUAAUCUGAAGCACUAUUUCUGGGUUAGCGGAGUCUGUAACCUGAAGCGUAUGUAACCUGAAGCAUAUGUAACCCAAGGUACCACUGUAUUUCAAUGCGGUGCAACUGGCUUUUGCACUGGUUCGGAAUGAAAUGGUAUGUAAACAAACUAAAGCCAAAGCUUGCUUGGGGAAUGACCUCUCGUUUUUGCCCCCUGCAGCUUGUGAGUGUGACCCCACGGGGUCUGAGAGCCUGCAGUGUGACCGUCUCACGGGGCACUGCCCGUGCCGAGGUGGCUUCACGGGGCCGCGCUGCGACCAGUGCCGGCGGGGCUUCCAACAGAACUUCCCCCGUUGCUCCCCCUGCCACCCUUGCUUCGGCCAGUGGGACGCAGUUCUGGCACAGCUCUGGGAACAGCUGCGGCGGCUGCAGGGCACAGUGCAGGCCCUGAAGGAAGGGGGGCCCAUCCCUGCGGCCAGCAGCAGCCGCAUGCGCAAGCUGGAGGACAGGCUGGGUGACGUCGAGCGGCUCCUUGGGGACAGCAGCAGUCCAAGCACUCCCCUGUUGCGGCAGCUCAGUGCCCUUCUGGAAGAUACCAGGUAAGGAGACGUGAGGUAGAAUUGGAGGGAAGCAGAAAAGGGGGGAAUGGUCUGUUGUUGUUGUUUUAAUAAUUUUUAUUAAGUCUUCCAUUUAACAAUCCAGUCAUAUCACAUUAAUUAUUCCAAAUUAUACCACUACAUAUCAUAAAGUCCAAAUAUUUUGCCAAAUUAUAAAUUUUUGUUGGGGGUUCCCAUGCUUCGAGUUCAGUAAGGGUCCAGUCAUCUCAUAUUUCUGCUGCUUUUAGUAUUCACCAAUCUCAUCUUUCGAUCUUCUUGUUGUUAUCCUUUUUCUUCUUAAUAGCCUCUGAGUUGUUUCCACAGGCGAGUUAAAGUAAACAUUAUUAUGAUUCUGUGUGAACUUUGUAAGGCUCUCCCUUUUUUAAAGCUGGUAAGUCUUUUGUUUGCAAUAAAUCUUCACACGCUGAUCCAAAAGUCCUGCUUGGGCGGCAGACGCCAUCUUUCUCAGUUCCGAUGAAAUAAAAUCUAAGCGUCUGCUCAUUAAUUUUCCCAGACAAGUUGCACCAUAAAUCAGUCUUUCCAGGGAAGAUUUGCCAUCGAACUUAGAAUACAAACAUGAUAACAGAGCAAUGGCUCACCUCCCCCUCUGACUAUUAAUCUCGCAACAUAGUCUGUCUAGUAAUGGCGGAUCCCGAUUAAAAACUGCGUCACAAGAGAGCCUUUUAUUUUCUUUCCAAAUCUUUCACAAAACAAAAGCUUUAGUUGAUAUUUUUUCCCCACACAGUUUAUUUUCCAAUCUCACUUGCUAUAAGUCGUAUGACGGUUCUUCUAGGGGAGGGGUUGUUAGGUAAUAUCGUAGUAAAAGAAAGAAAAAGUCCCCCCCCUUUCCGUUCCGUUUCAACAUACCGGCAUAGAUGUUAUUCUUUAAUGUUGUCUUCUGUCCAGUCCAUUCCAUCACUCUUAACUUCUCAGUGGCAGGCUUAAUUAGCAGCUAACAUACCCUUUUCUUCGCUUGAAGCAUGUACAAUAAUUCUUAUUUCCAAUUUUUCAUCUUAAGAAAUGCAACUAGAGUCGCUCUCAGAGACAGUGUCAGGGAGAUCUGAGCUUGCUCGAGGGCUUUCCGUCCAGUGCCUUCACCCCCUCCUUCUUUCGAACUCGGGAGUGAUUUAUGGGCAACCGUGGACGAGGCUGCAUCUUCCCUUCCACCGGGAAGAAUUUGGGAGGCUGAUUUACUCCCAUCAUCAUCUCCUUAAUUACCUUGUGUGAGCUGGAGAGAUGGUAUUGUCGGCCAUCUUCCAAGGCGCCCCUAGCGGCCCCCUGUUGUUGCUUUUUUAAUUGACUUAAGAAAAUUAUACAGACAGCAAAACAAAGAAUUCUGAGUUAACAUUGCCUUCUAUCAAUAAGAAAUAAUAAUAACUGACAAUAACUAUUACGAUAAUGAAAAUACUAAAAAAUACAUCUACUUCCCCUUUUGAACUUCUAUUCUGGUUACAAUAUAUUACUAUUCUAUAAGAAUCUAUUAUAUCCUUUGCUGUCCCAUAUAUUAUUUUAUUUCCCAAAUUGAACCUAACCCUCCCCUCCUCCCCACUGCUUCCCUUCACCUGUGUGAGAUCUUCCCAACAUAAUAUUUUUUCUAGUUGCUUUCACAAAUAAAAUAACAUGAAAACUUAUAAAUUAUAAUUACUUCUUUUGUCGUUACACACUUAACAAGUUGUUAAGUGUGAAAUGGUCUUAUUCGGUUUGUGCAUGCCAGAAAUUGAAGGAUAUGAUAACCUUUGUGCUUCAACAUUUUCCUCUGUGGGCACAUCCAGACUGAAAAACCAAUUAACAAGCAUCCCCUCCUGGACAUCUUAAUUUGGGGUGUGGGGAUAAAGGAGCUAGAAGUUAUAGAAUCACGGAAUCAUGGAAAUGUAGAGCUCGAAGGGACCCAAGUGUUGUCUAGUCCUACGGUGCAGGAAUCUUAACUAAAGCAUCCCUGACAGAUGGCCCUCUGGCCUCUGUUUAAAAAAACUUCCCAGGAAGAAGAGUCUACCACCUCCCGAAGGAGUCCGUUCCUUUGCCAAACAGCUCUUACCGUCAGAAAGUUCUUCCUGGUAGUUAGUCAGAAUCUCCUUUCUAGUAACUUGAAGCCAUUGGUUCGGGUCCCAGCCUCCAGAGCAGAGCAAAACAUGCUUGCUCCAUCUUCCAUGUGACAGCCCUUUAGAUAGUUGAACAUGGCUAUCAUAUCUCCUCUCAGUCUCCUCUUUUCCAAGCUAAACAUACCCAGCUCCUUCGACUGUUCCUCAUACGGCAUGGUUUCCAGACCCUUGACCGUCUUUGUCACCCUCCUCUGCGCACAUUCCAGCUUAGAGAGUUAUCAGCACAUUCCCGCUUAGAGAGUUAUCAGCGCUACAGUUCCCAAAACCAUUAGGCAAAAGGCGUGGUGGUGGAAGAGCUCUAUAAACCAACAAAAUUUGGUAAUGCAGUCCUAUCCACCUUGUAUUCUCCCUUGCCACCCAGCUUUGGGGACGUGCGGCACUUGAAUCAUUUUGCGUGCCUUAUUUCUAUCCUGAUUUUCCCACUCCCGACAACCCUGCGAGGUAAUAAUAAUCAUAAUAAAUUUUAUUUAUAUCCUGCCCUCCCCAGCCGAAGCCGGGCUCAGGGCGGCUAACAACAAUAAAAUAAUACAACAUUCUAAAAUCAUUUCAUUAUAAAAUUAGUUCAACUCAAAUUGAUGGGAACCAUUACGCUAAAGUUCUGUGAAGAUUGCCAAAGGAGGGAGUCAGGAUGUGCCCUGACCAAAGGCCUGGUGGAACAGCUCUGUCUGGCAGGCCCUGCGGAAAGAUGUCAAGUCCCGCAGGGCCCUAGUCUCUUGUGACAGAGCCUUCCACCAGAUCGGAGCCACAGCCGGAAAAGCCCUGGCUCUAGCUGAGGCCAGCCUAACCUCUCUGUAGGUAGGCCUACGAGAUAGCGCUUUGCCCAACAAGCGCCGCAGCUGAGUUGGACAUACAUGCUGUAUUCCUUCCCACCACUAGAGCGGACACAGAUGAGCUCUGGCAACAGCUGCAGGCUACAGACUCACACCUGGACGGCACCGAGAAGGAAGCUGGCGGGCAAAAGAGGCGUCUGAAUGCGCUGAGCCAAGAGCUAGAGGAGCUCAACCGCACCAUCAGCUACCUCAACAGCCAGCUGCAGAGGAUGACAAACGCCAGCUUCAACAGUAAGAAAUGUGGGGGGCGGUAUCCGAGCAGAAGAAGGAUCUAGGCACGGGUCACGGGGCCACCCCUGAAAUGUACCUCUUUUGUGCCAGUGUGGCGUAGUGGUUAAGAGCGGGAGUCUCGUAAUCUGGGGAACCGGGUUCGCUUCCCCGCUCCUCUACAUUCAGCUGCUGGGUGACCUUGGGCCAGUCACACUUCUUUGAAGUCUCUCAGCCCCACUCACCUCACAGAGUGUUUGUUGUGGGGGAGGAAGGGAAAGGAGAAUGUUAGCCGCUUUGAGACUCCUGAAGGGGAGUGAAAGGCGGGAUAUCAAAUCCAAACUCUUCUUCUCUUCUUCUUCUGCCGGCAGAGUCUUUCCAAAGCAUCCUGGGAUUCUUCCAGGAGUCACAGCUGGCCCAGCAGCAAGCAAACAGCUCCGUCCACGGCUCUCAGAGCCCGGUGGGUCAGUCCAAGCUCACGCAUCAGGCCACCGUUGAGCUCCUGAGACGCAAGGGAGAUGCUUUCCGCAAGACGGCAGCUGCUCAGCGGAAGUCUUUGCGCGACCUCCAGAAAAAGGCCGGCAGCCUCAGUCUGAGCAGGAUCAACCAGAAGGCGAGUUAUUGUUCAGGGCGAGGGUGCGGGGCAAGAGAACGGAGGGGAGCAGAGAGGUGUUUGUUAGAGAGGAGAGCUGUGGCCUGGUUGAUAGGGAUGGAGUGGAAAUUCUGGAUCGAAGGGCUAAUUUGCGCUUUCUGAAAUACUAUGCAAACUGGGUUGGAUGGUGGUAGUAGGAUGGGAGCCAUUGUUUGGAAUCCGUCCUCAUAAUUCUCCAGCCAAGUCAUGUGUACAAAGAUGCAUGUGCUAGGAUAAAGUGUGCAUGUUAGUGGGGGGGGGGGAGGAGAUACAAAACACAUUAUAUUAGGGAGCGGCGCUUUGUAAAGAUGUGCAUACAGUAAGCCCACAACUUACACACAUUUAACUAGUGUGCAUUUCGCUUUACAUCCAUGGCAGGAAAUCAAAAUAAAAUGGAAAGUGGGGCAGGGUUCGAGGAAAAAUGAUUUUGGCCAUCCCGCCUGAGCUUGAACCCAAUGUAUUUUGACUUUAUGCCAUUUUGGCUUUAGGCACGAUCCCUGAAACAUAACACUUGCAUAAUGUUAUGUUUUUAAUGCUUGACGUUUUAUUGCUUUAUUAUUAUUAUUAUUAUUAUUAUUAUUAUUAUUAUUCUGUUGGGAGCCGCCCAGAGUAGCAGGGGAAACCCAGCCAGAUGGGUGGGGCAAUAAUAAUAAGAAUAAGAAUAAACAUAAACAUAAAAAUAAAAAUAAAUUAUAAGUUGCUCUGGGACUUGCUGCAUUGGGGGGGAACAGAAUACAAAAUGCUGUAUAUAAGGGUAAAUUUGCAUUAAAAUUUGCUGGUGAAUCUUUAUGGGGGAUUGUUUGAAAAAUAUUUGCAGGCUAACGUGGAAAUGUGGAAAUGGGGGGAGAUGAGAACCUCACUUUCUCCUGCCCCCAGUUCUGGCCCUACUUUCUCCCGUUCCAUUUUUCUAUGCAAGGGAUGGGGGCUUUCACCAGACUCCUGUUUCCCUGCACUGAUCUUGGACUCCUGCUGCUCUAGAUCUGCGGUGCUUCUGGAGAAGAGGGCUGUGAGCAGACCCCCUGCGGAGGGGCUUCCUGCCGGGACAGCUUAGGUCAGCGGCACUGCGGGGGCCCCGGCUGCACUGGAGCGCUGCCUGUGUCCAUGAAGGCCCUCUCUACAGCUCAGAACAUCUCUCACCAGCUGGAGAACAGCGCAAGGCACCUGAGCAGCAUUGCUAGCAAGGUACAGUAGCAGCAGAAGUGUAUGUAAACAGGUUAAGAAGAAAUGCCAUUCAUCUUGAGGCAAAGACUUCACUGCAGAUUUAUUCAAGGGUUGGGCUCCUGUCAGCUUGGGACAGAGACCUUGUGCCUCUCUUAAGGAUGGAAAGUUUCAGGAGGGUGAAAGAAAAAGCAAGGCCUUUUUUUCCCCUUUCCCACCCUCCUGGGAUCUUCUCCUGCUCAGCUACAUAGUACAGUGGUGCCCUGCAAGACGAAUGCCUCGCAAGACGGAAAACCCGCUAGACGAAAGGGUUUUCUGUUUUGGAGGUGCUUCGCAAAACGAAUUUCCUAUGGGCUUGCUUCGAAGACGAAAAUGUCUUGCGAGUUCCUGCGGGGUUUUUUUCCUCCCCCCCCUUUUUCCCAAGCCGCUUAUCAGCUGAUCCGCUAAGCCGCUAAGCCGCUUAACAGCUGAUUGCUAAGCCGCUUAUCAGCUGAUCCGCUAAGCCGCUUAACAGCUGAUCCGUUAAGCCACUAAGCCGCUUAUCAGCUGAUCCGCUAAGCCGCUAAUAGCGCUAAUCCGCUAAACCGCUAAUGGGCUUGCUUCGCAAGACGAAAAAAACCGCAAGACGAAGAGACUCCCGGAACGGAUUCUUUUCGUCUUGCAAGGCACCACUGUACUUUAAAGUGUUUGGGGCUGACUCCCAGCUGCACACCUGAGCUGUCUAGCAGAAUGGUGAAGUUUCCGAAGGGUGGGAAAAGGCAAAGGUGUUUUGCUUUUCCCCCCUUUCCCUCCCUGAAAUCUGCCUGUAUAAUGCAGGUAGGGGGUUUUCUUUAACUUCAUGGCACACAGGGGCGUCUUGCCCAUAGAGGCAAGUGGUGCGGGGCGCCAGGGCGGCAAGUUUUGGAGGGUGCCAGGGAAAAGGCGGAGGCUGGACGCGGCGCCUCCUGGCAUCAGCUUGCUGCCCUCACCCGCCUCACUGAAACAGCGCCACGCCCGGAGGCUCCGCCUCUUCCCCACCAGAGGAGUCGCCCUCCAGCCCCGCAAAGCUGCUGGCAGCGUCGUAAAAAGGUUGUUAAUUCUCGGAAAUGGGGGGGGGGCGCCGGAGGGUUCUCUGCACCACAGCGCUGGAUAUACUUAAGGCGGCCCUGAUGGCACACAUCCUCUCCAAACCUCUUCCCUUCCCCCUUUUCUGCUCUACUCCAUUCCCCACAGCUGACACAGCUAUCAUUGCCUGGUUGUUUGCUUUGGGAUACUAAGCUUCAGUGUUCACUCUUAGGUGCAAGAAAUCCAGGACUUGGCACAGAAUGCCAGGAGCCAUGCUCGGGACACUCUGGACCGUGCACAGGGGGCCCGGAACCGCGUGGAGAAGUCGACGGCCAAGCUGCGGGAAUUUAUCCAGAGGAUAAAGGACUUCCUAGCAGGUAGCACCAGUCCAAUGUGACAUGCAACACCAGUCCAAUAUGACAUGCAAAGGGAUGGAUGCGGUGAUGUUGUUAAUCACCUGCCCUUUGCCCUAAGGUCCCAGGGCAGCUUACAAUGAUUAAAACACAAUAUUGAAAACAUUUUUAAAACAAACAGGGUUGGCAGGGGGAAUAUACAAGUUAUACAGUAUAGGCAAGCAUAGUUGCACUAAGUCGUGCUGUGAAAUGUUGGCAUUUGGACAUCUAGAUUUAGGGUCGUGUGUGUGUGCCAAGGCAGGGCUGCCUUUAGCAUAUGCGCCGCCGGGGUGCAAAGAUCCGCCCAGCAUCCCCAAAUUUAGUUUAGCCGCCCCCAAGGGGGGAAGCCAAAGUUGUUGACCUGUUUUUAGGGGGGUGCAAACUCAAGGUAGUUAAGUUUUUUUGGGGUGGAAACGCUCACCUGUAACAAUGACGCAGCGGGAAAAAAUGCUUGUUUCCUGACUCAUUGGGAGUAUUUGAUGCUACGAAUAACAGAGUAAUGGGGGGGCAGGGACUUCCGCUCCAUUGCUUUUCACUGCCGCCGAUCGAGAGGGACUGGUAUACAGUAGGUAUACAUUUGGCACCCCCCAGAAUCUGGCGCCCGGGUGCGCAGCACCCCUUGCACUCCAGGUAAAGACGGUCCUGUGCCAAAGCCUACAUGGGUGGAUGGGAAACAAGGAUGGAUAGUUCCAGGCCUGUUCUUGUCUCCAUAGAGGAAGGUGCUGAUCCUGAGAGCAUUGAGCUUGUGGCUCAGCAGGUCCUCAACAUCUCCCUACCCAGCAGCCCUGAUCAGAUCAGCAACCUGAUUAAGGACAUCCGGGAUAGAAUCAGUCAGCUGGACGGGGUGGACAUUAUCCUGAACGACACGGUGCACAGCCUGAACCGUACCAGGGAACUCUUGGCAAAAGCGGAACUAGCUAAGUGAGUCUCUAUGUCGGUGGGGGAGACGGACCCACAGAUUUUAUUUUUGCUAAUUGAGCUUUUUUAUGUUAAUCAAAUUGCAUAUUUCACAAUGUCAUAAUUUGUUCAAGUCCUGAUAUCAUAGCAGUAUGCACCAGCUUCUGGUCAUUACUGGUAAAAACUGGCUGGGCAAUGGGGCCAGUUUUUAGCAGUGUUAUAUAAACUGUAUCCUGGAAAAGCUAAAACAAGCCCCAAGAAUUCUGGCCAGCUCCUCUGCAGUGCAUGUGAAUGUGUUUUGGCAUGACUUGUGAGCAAUACCUAAAACAAUAGGUGUUUGGGUUUGAAUUUGUCAGUGGUGUCGUGUAUUUAUCUUUAUGUUUUUAAAAUAUGUUACAACUUGCUCAGAAAACUUUGGGUAAUGAGUGACUAAUGAAUCUAAUAAAUAAAUAGUAUUAAUAUUAAUAGUAGCUUGGCUUGUUAGGGCAUGCCAUUUUAGGAGGAUGAAGCUUACUUUUUGCAAAUUUAUUCUGUGAGGGGGUCUUUAAAAUACGGGGGAGGGGGGUUGGGUGUGAGGAAUUCCAAUCUGCUAUUUUUUGUGAUUGGACAACACUUAGCUUGGUAAGUCUACGUUUGACGAAGAAGCAUAUAAAAUGCUUCUGUCCUUAAGCCACAAAAACUCGUGUUGCAGUAAGAUUGCUAGUCUUUUCAGUGCUCCAACUCUCUGUUAUGCUUUAUGCCCAGAGGGCGAGCGGAGGGUGUGCAAGAAACCAUCACAGAAACACGUGCGGCACUCAAUGGAACAAAGGUCAAACUGGAGGCAGCAGAGCAAGCUAUGAACAAAACCAAGGAAGCCAUCCAGACUGUGACUGGCCGCGUCAGACAGGUGAGAUGAAUUGAACCACCUGGUGGCCAGAAAAGCUUCUUUAAACCUUUCCUCUACUCUUUCAGUGGCCAGUUCCAGAGCAGCAGCAGCAGCAGCACACUGCUCAUCCACGUUAAACCACGGUUUAUUUCAACCAAUGCAAUGCCACACUGUGGCCACCAUGGCAGAGACAUGCCAGGCCAGUCAAAGAGCAGACACAAGGCCAAAACAAAAGUCGGUUUGCAACAACUUCCUUGCUGUAUUAAAACUGAUGGUGCAAAUGUGCCCUGCAAUUGUCCCUUCCUUCAUGAUGCUAUGAAGUGAUGGGCUGGGAACCAGGUGUGGGGCUGCCUUGCUCUCAGGUCUCCCCAAGGCAGCAGGGAACUGGUAAUGAUGCGGGCACAGCAGCAGAGCCAAUCCGAGGCUCCAAACUCUGUGCCAAGCCCCACCCCCUGUCUUGCUCCUCCCCCUGUAACCAGCUGCAACACACGGGUGCUGGGAAAACAGGAGAGCAAUGCAGUCCCACUUUCGCAGUCCCACCGGCUGCCACUGAUGAUUCUUGAAGUGAAAAGUUCUGCCCAGGUAGGCUUUCCUCUUUUUCUCAGCAGUCAGCGUUUUGACUGCGCCUUGCGGUUUUUCUUUCUUUCAGGCCGGACGCAAGCUCGAGAAACUGGUCGACGCAGAGUCGAAACUGGAGAGCCGCCUCAAAGGUCUGGCGCAGAACGUGAGCGCAUUGCAAAACAAGUCGCAGAACAAUCAGAAACUCGCCCAGGAGGCCAAGGGAAAAGCGGAGCGUGCCACCACUGCUGCGGGGAGGCUGGAAAACGUGAGCGUCCCUCUUCCCUCUGAUCACCACUGCCGUCAACGGCUACUGUGUCAACUUGCCCACAUGUCUCUUGCCAACACUCUAGAUGCCAACACUCUCCAUGGCUCAGAUUGGCAUUUUUCCUGCCUGCCAUCAGCAUUAAUUCCUUCCGCCUUCUUCCAUGACAACUCUUCCCUCAUAACCACUUUUUUUAAAGCAAUUCCCCCCUCCAAAAUUAGAAUCCCAAAUUCAAUUUAAUAAUAAUAAAGUUAUUUAUUAUGCUACCCAUCUGCCUGGGUUGCCGCAGCCACUCUGGGCAGCUUCCAACAAUUUAUAAAACCGCAGUACAACAUCAAAUAUUAAAAACUUCCCUAUACAGUCAUACCUCGGGUUGCGAACGCUGUGGGUUGCGCGUUUUCGGGUUACGGACCACGCCAAACCUGGAAGUACCGGAACAGGUUACUUCCGGGUUUCGGCACUCGCGCAUGCACAGAACCACUAUAUCAUGCUAUGCACAGAAGCGCCGAAUCGCAUCAGGUGCGUGCGCAGAGACGGUGCUGGGGUUGCGAACACUGUGGGUUGCGAACGUGCUUCCCGCACGGAUCACAUUCGCAACCCAAGGUAUGACUGUACAGGGCUGCCUUCAGAUGUCUUCUAAAAGUCAGAUAGUUGUUUAUUUCCUUAAUGUCUGACAAGAGGGUGUUCCACAGGGUGGACACAAAUACUGAGAAGGCCCUCUGCCUGGUUCCCUGUUAACCUCACUUCUAACAAUCAGGGAACCGCCAGAAGGGCCUCGGAGCUGGACCUCAGUUUCCAGGCUGAAUGAGGGGGGGUAUAUAGGGCCAAAGCCAUUUAAGGCUUUAAAGGUCAGCACCAACAUUUUGAAUAGUGCUCUGAAAUGUACAGGGAGCCAAUAUAGAUCUCAAUAGAGAUCUUUUAUGACUGGUGUUAUAUGGUCCUGGCAGCUGCUCCCAGUCACCAGUUUGGCAGCCGCAUUCUGGAUUAGUUGUCAUUUCUGAGUCACCUUCAAAGGUAGCCCCAUGUAGAAUGCAUCACAGUACUCCAAGCAGGAGAUAACCAAAGCAAACAAUGUUAAACCAAACACUGGCCUUCAACAGGUGGGUUGUGUCAUGGCCUGAUCUAAGGUGAGUCUUCAACUGCAGCUGUACUACUGUACAAAUAUAUGGUAGUAAAAAAAAUAUUAAGGAAUGGAUCCGCAAAUGCAAUGCUUUAAAAUGAAAGUGGGUCCUGGGCUGGCGUAGCUUACUGAACCAAACUGAAGUGAAUCUAAUGUGAACCAGAGGCAUCCAGCCAAAUAAUUGGCUAGAGAGUUAGCACCUCAUUAGCGUCCCUCCAAGCCUUUGCUGUAGUGGUGAGCUUCAAUCUCUUGUGUCCCCAGGAGGUGGAAAAAGUGAUGAAGAGAUACCAGAAGUUGCAGGAAGAAGUGGACAAGCAGCCUCAAGAUGCAAUGCUCAGGCUGAAAAACCUUAGGGAGGAAGCCCAGAAUCUCUUGGACAAGGCCACGGGCAGCAAGAGAAAGCUGGAAGGUAGGAACACCACAGGUGUGGUUGGGCAGGAUCCCACCCUAAAAAAAAUUAAAAAUUGGUGUUGGAAAUGUUUACUCUAAAGGCUCCCCCCCUUUAUUGACACCGCUGUAUGAACACAGCCUGUGUCCUAUUUUGGUAUGCAAAAUAAGGGAGAGGAGAAGCAGAGCUCCAGUCGAGCCGCAGGCAUUCUGAGCUGGGAAAGGGAUGGUGUGAUGCUUCAGCAGGUGGCAUGUGUGUUUUUGGGGAGGUGGGGCCUGUAUAGCAAGGUGUCUGGAGGUUUUCAGGAAGUUACAACUGAGUGCAUCGGGCACAGGUUUGGCAUCAAAGGAAGACGAGACAGGCAACUCCCCAUUUAGGCAGGGGUUACGCUCUGAGGCACUGCGCCUUCAAGUGAAAUCACGUGUAUUCGAAACACCAUUGGAAAAGCCUGCAAGCACCCUCUGGAAACCCCUUUGAAAAACCAGCAGACACCAAACUCCACCGCAAUCGCUCCCUCCAAACCUCCUUGCUCAAGCCCCAACUCUCCUCAACGGUCAGUGCAAUGGCUCAUGGGAUUGCUAGGCGCUUUUCCCCGCACCUUUUUUGCCCCUUCUGGGCUGGUUUAGGGGCCUUUUGCCAUUUUAAAAGUCACUUCUGGGUUCAGCGCGCACGCACGUUUGCGCAUGGGUCGUUGCCUAUAACAGUAAGUUGGAAUGUGUACAGCAGUUUGGAGUUUUCAGAGAGCCUGACACAUAAUUAUUACCCCCCGUGUUUUGCGGAUGCGGCUGAGACUGAGAGAUGGUGAUGUGUCAGGGCUGAGACUGAACCCAGUACAGUGGUACCUCGGGUUAAGUACUUAAUUCGCUCCGGAGGUCCGUUCUUAACCUGAAACUGUUCUUAACCUGAAGCACCACUCUAGCUAAUGGGGUCUCCCGCUGCCACCAGGCCGCCGGAGCACAAUUCCUGUUCUCAUCCUGAAGCAAAGUUCUUAACCCGAGGUACUAUUUCUGGGUUAGCGGAGUCUGUAACCUGAAGCGUAUGUAACCUGAAGCGUAUGUAACCUGAGGUACCACUGUACAUAGCUCAGCUUCAUGGGUGCUUUCUCCUCUGGCACAUCCUUUUCCACUCCCUCUCCAUUAAUAAUGAUAAUAAUAAAUUUUAUUUAUACCCCGCCCUCCGCAGAGACCGGGCUCAGGGCGGCUGACACCAGGUAUAAAAACAGUUGAUUAAAAUACAACUUAAAAACAAGAUUAAAGUACAACAUUAAAAUGCAGCCUCAUUUCAGUAGAAAUUCAAAUCAAAAACUUUUUGGGGAUGAAAACGUCAAAUCUUCACCAAGGCCAACUAUCCAGACUGGUCCUACGUGGGCCAGAAAAAAGCCAGGGAAGUCCCCAACUAGAAGUUCCAUCACAGAAGAAGAAAGGAAAAAAGAAAGAGGGGGAGGGGAUCAAGUUGAUUCCAAGCCAAAGGCCAGGUGGAACAACUCUGUCUUACAGGCCCUGCGGAAAGAAAUCAGAUCCUGCAGGGCCCUGGUCUCAUGAGACAGAGCGUUCCACCAGGCCGGAGCCAGUGUUGAGAAGGCCCUGGCUCUGGUUGAGGCUAAUCUGACUUCCUUAGGGCCCGGGACCUCUAGGGUUUUGCUAUUUAUGGACCUUAAGUUCCUCUGUGGGGCAUACCAGGAGAGGCGGUCCCGUAGGUACGAGGGUCCUAGGCCGUGAAGGGCUUUAAAGGUCAAAACCAGCACCUUAAAUCUGACCCUGUACUCCACUGGGGGCCAGUACAGCUGGAAAAGCACUGGGUGAAUAUGAAAAACUGUUGUCACCAGGGCCUUGAUCCGUCUUAAAAAAAACGCCUGCCUCUUCUUUUCAGAGCUGGAAGGGCGCUUCGAGGCCAACGAGAAACAAAUGAAGGAGAAAGCAACCGUGCUACAGAAGCUGGAGGGACAAGUGACCGAACUCCUGCAGUACAUCCGGGACAAAGCCACAGCCUAUGCUACGUGCUAG